CUAGACUCCUCUCUCCUCCUCUCUUUCACUGGCAGAUGCUCUCCCCAUCAUCCUCUCUUGGUAUUACUUUAAGCUCUCCGAGAUCUGUAUCUCCCUUCUGCUCCCUGCCUUUUACAAGGCAACAGCGCAGUGCCUUGUGCCCAUCUGAUUCCCUAUCUCAAUAUGAAAGUCCUUACCAUAUCAUCCAGAGAGAUUAUGCCAUGAUGACCAACUGGUUGCCUCCAACAUCUAGACCACUGUUUUACACAGGCUGCUGAAUUAGGUAAGAUGCUAAAAUAAUUAUUUUUGAGCAGGCAAGCAUUAAAUGUUUUUUGGAUAUUUAUUUAUUUAGUAUAUAUUCGAAGAAAGAAAUGUGCGUCCAAUCAAAACAUCAUCUAUAUACCAUUACCUGCACUUAGUACCUAACAAUCUGCUAGGUGUCGUAUAGGGAAAGUUCUCAAAUGUGAAAGCAGACUUUCCUAUUAUCUGAUGUAGUCAUUGUCUAGUGUGUUAUGGUCAUGUAUUAGUAGCAUCUAAGAAACAUGGGCCACAAAUAAAGGACUUGAUAUUUGUACCUGAAUAGAUCCACAUAGUGUAUUUAGUACGAGAACGUGGACACUGCAGUACUAGGCUAUAGUAGCAUGAAAAUUUAAAUAAACGCAGUUUGUAACUUGUUACAAAUAGUCGAUUCUUGCUUCAGGGUAUCCAGUAGGUCACUAAUGGUAGCAGCAGAUACACAGUACAGAAUUAUGUAUUUGCGCAUUCUGUAGUAAUAAAAAAUGUUUCUGAUCCACAAUGGAUCAAUAUGAUAUUGCACCCAAGAAAUGCCUAAAUUAUAGCAGUAUAUGAGAUAUCCAAACCAAAUAAAUUAAUUACACUUCCUAUACCAAGUCAGGAAGUAAGAUUUGACCAGCACUGUUUACACCUAUUGUCUGAUGUGCAGAUAUAUAAUGGUUGUAUAUUAUUAAUCCUAUUCUUAUUGAUAUUUUCAUAGUUGGAAAGCCUAUUCCAAAUAUACAAUACAAUCUAUGCUGCACAUAGAUUUUGGUAUUUAAAGCACAGAUAAUACCAACAGUUACAAAGGCCGGAAAAAAACUUGCAUCCGUCAAGUUCAGCCUUUCUCACAUCAGUUUUUGCUGUUGAUCCAAAAUAAGGCAAAAAAUAAAAAUAAAAUCGUUUUGAAGGGCAUUCCAGUUUUGCAACAAACUAAGAAAAUAAAUCAUUGUUGACCCCAGAAUGGCAGUCAGAUUUCUGCAUGGAUUAAGAAUCUGGUCUGAAGAAUGUUUGAAGAAUGUCUCUGUGUGUGUAGAAAACUAUAUAAGUGGGUUAUAUACAAAUGAUUGUUACAUAAAAGUUACUUAAAACAGAAAAACUGUAAAGCUUUUUUGCUUUGUUCUUGUCGUUUGGUUUGCAGUUUUUCUUUUUGUUUUUUUAGUAAUGUCCAAAUUUUUAUCAAAUACAUCCUUGCCAAGCGAGCAUAAUAAACAUACACAAUACAAGCAUUAGGCUAGAUGACAUACUAGCCUGAAUUUCACAUUUAAGCUUCUUCUAGCUCAUACACAAUUAGCUGUGCCAUUAUCACUCUUACACAUCAGACUGUCUGCCUCCCAUCUUACACUGGCAUGCCAUUCAUGUGUCACAUGUAUAAUGCUGGCCUCCAGAUGAUCUUGUCACACUCACAGAAUUCCUGUGUGGCACACUCAGUCAUCACACAGGAGGGGGUGACACAUCUACAGCUCCAUGAGAGAUAAUCUGCAGGAUAACAAGUCAUUAGUGACAGCAACAAUCUGUGAGCAGCCAUUGGGAGAUUAUCACAGCAAUAUACAGUAUGUUGCAAAGACAGGAGCUGGAUUUUACAUUGCUACCUAGCAAAAACAAAUAAAAAAAAUCCCAACUAUCACACAUUUUGUUAUUUCGUGCUACCUUGAACAUGUCGUUAUGCCAAAUAUCCACUAGAAAAUCACUGUUUUCAGUUAUCCUAUUAUGAAUAAAAUUUGGAAUUCACAAUUCCAGACAAUUUAGUAUUUAGUAUUUAGUCAGUGAGAAACUCUACAUGAUUUGUCCACUGACUGGCUAGGGCACACAAUAAUAAUUGCUUUUAGAAUCUAACAAACACUGAUGCAGCUUUCAGGUGUCAGAGAGUGUACAGCAUUAUGUAAAAAUAAACAGUGGCUUUAUAAUGUUAGCAGUAAUAUUUUUUUUAUUUUGAUUUUGUCAAUGAAGCAAAAGGUGGCCAGAUUACAGAUUUAGCAUUUUUGGAUUUUGUAAAUUAACCCUUUUUUAGAUUGCUGGAGUAUUAAAUGGACACUCCAAUGCCCAAAAACAAAAUAAAUAAAAAUAAUUGUUUAGUAGAUAUACCCCAAAUGAAAGCAUACAUGCAUUUAAUUGUGCAUUUUUUUAUAUCUAAACCCAACUUGCAAAAACUUCUAUUGUCUUCUGCCUUUGCAAUCCCUCCCCUUCUAACCCCGUCCAGACUUUCUGUGGCUGUCCAAUCACAGACUGCCCAAUGCAGCUCAAUGAGAAGUCUUUGCAAGGCAGGUGCUCUGAGCAAUUGCUGCCUCUUCAGUUCAGUGCAAAUAAGCUAACCAAACUAGGAAUUAACAGGGCCUAUUGUCUGCUUGAAAAGCCAGGGGGGUGUAACCAGGUUAAUUUAUAAAAUUGUAAAUUUCUAUUGAAAUCUGCACUUUUACCAAAAUGAAAAAAAGAGGACACACUCUUCACACAUAAAGCUUUUCAGCUAGCUAAAGUGCUUUGGGGGUCUGCAGUAACCCUUUCAAAAUCUGAAUAUUUGUACUUAUUAACCUAGUCUUCAACAAUUAGGUGUUUGGGCUAUAACAAAUACAUAAUGUGCAGCUAAAACAGGCAGUUGCACAUUUUAAGCUUCCAUCUUAAAUUUUCUUACAAUGCCAUUCUCACAAAUGCAAGAGUAGCCAUUGGACCCAUAAAUGUGCAGUUGGAUUGGUUCGCAAAUCAAUAUACAUUAUUUAAAAAUAGAAUAAAGUUUCAUUGAAUGUAAUAAAUGUUUAUAAAAAUGAGAAGUGAAAUUUUUUGUCAGUUGUCCUUAAACAUUAGGGGGUUAAGGUCUUGUUACAAGGUGUUGGUAUUGGCAUAGGUGGAGUUACCUCCACAAACCAACUAAUGUGAUCGAGGAGGUAUUUCCCCUUUCUUACAAACAAACAUAUGCAAAGCUCCCUUCAAAAUGAUUAUACAUGGUGAAUGGCAUCAUUAAAGAAUGACUUUUGUCUCGGUCUCCUUUCACAGGAUUUUGUGUGUACCUUGUUAGGUCGGACUUUCGCACUGGACGCCAGGUGACCAUGGGCUUGCUGCCUUCCUCGGAGAUUCUCCUGUUGGCUUUAAGUUUGUCUGUCCAACUCACCUCAGGUAUUGUAGAGAGACAUUGACACAAUCUGGAAGCUCUUUGUGAAAGAGUAGACACGGUGUUACAUGGAAUAGUAUAAUAACAGUAUAGUUUUGCUGUUUAAAUGGCUUUUAAUAGUUCAUACUGGGGUUUGGAUAAGUGCAAGAUAAUGCAUCUUGGAUGUAAAAACCCAAGGGCAGAGUACAGAAUAUUUGAUAGAGUUCUAACCUCAACAUCUGAGGAAUGGGAUUUAAGGAUAAUUAUUUCUGAUGACUUAAAGGUAGGCAGACAAUGUAAUAGAGCAGCAGGAAAUGCUAGCAGAAUGCUUGGUUGUAUAGGGAGAGGUAUUAGCAGUAGAAAGAGGGAAGUACUCAUGCCAUUGUACAGAACACUGGUGAGACCUCACUUGGAGUAUUGUAUGCAGUACUGGAGACCGUAUCUUCAGAAGGAUAUUGAUACCUUAUGGAGAGUUCAGAGAAGGGCUACUAAACUGGCUCAUGGAUUGCAGGAUAAAACUUACCAGGAAAGGUUAAAGGAUCUUAACAUGUAUAGCUUGGAGGAAAGACGAGACAGGGGGAUAUGAUAGAAACAUUUAAAUACAUAAAGGGAACACAGUAAAGGAGGAGACUAAAUUUAAAAGAAAACUACCACAACAAGAGGACAUAGUCUUAAAUUAGAGGGACAAAGGUUUAAAAAUAAUAUCAGAAAGUAUUACUUUACUGAGAGGGUAGUGGAUGCAUGGAAUAGCCUUCCAGCUGAAGUGGUAGAGGUUAACACAGUAAAGGAGUUUAAGCGUGCGUGGGAUAGGCAUAAGGCUAUCCUAACUAUAAGAUAAGGCCAGGGAUUAAUGAAAGUAUUUAGAAAAUUGGGCAGACUAGAUGGGCCGAAUUGUUCUUAUAUGCCGUCACAUUCUAGGUUUCUAUGUUUGAUUGUUAGCACCCACUACUACAUUGAGUUCCAUCCACAACACAGUGAUAGGAGAUGGGGAUUUUACUUAUAAAAUGCUUACGUACUUUAUUCAAUAUCUCUACAGCAUUGCAUACAUUAUUAUACAGCAAAGGGUUCAUUUUGUGUUUUUAGGCUAUAAGUUUCUUUUUUUAUUUAUAAUUCUUUAUUGAGAAAAAAAAAUUCCCCCUUUUUUCUUCCCAUAUUUAACAAUUUAUAAAAGUUUAACAGUAGUUAUACAGUGAGGGGAAAAUGUAUUUGAUCACCUGCUGAUUUUGAACGUAUGUCCGCUGACAAAGAAAUGAUCAGUCUAUAAUUUUAAUGGUAGGUAUAUUUUUUUUUUAAUAGUUUAGGUGCUCGAUUAUCAUAAACAUUUGGGUGUUCAAUUCAAUUGUAAAUUAUAAACACGUUUAGUUCAAUAUCUUAAGAUCAGUGUUCAUGUUGAGUGUCAUCGUUUCCGUCUCUCGAUAUUGGUUUUAUUAUGCUUAUCUAUGCGUAAGAGAUGGACAUGCAUUUUGUUUAGUGAAAUCUGGUCUAAAUAAUCAUAGCAGAUAAUAGGCUAGACCGCAAGUUUACAUUUCAAGUUAUGCUAGGAACCUUGGCAUUACGUGUUAGACAAUUUCUUUGCGUAACAUGCGGGACAUGUGAGUAACAUGCACAGUUUUUAAGGUAUAGAGUAAGUAUAUAUGAUAAACAAGCUUGAGCAAUGCAGUUGCUAGUCUAUGACUGAUGCAGGUAAUGCUGGUUUGCAACGCAAAUUACUUAGACAGGCUAGUGCUAUUAAAGCAUAUAAUGACAUUCAGGCUAGGUCUCAUGCAGUUUACUUUAGAAAAGUUGGUGUAGUCUACAGUAGGGCUACUUUAACUAAAGCAAAUGGUCACACCGGUUAGUUAAGUAUAUCGAUAGGUAAAAGCUUAAAGCAUGCGUUCAUUUAUCCACCCCAGGUUAACUCCCCGCCAGCUAGAUAAGAAUCAGUGUCUGUGUGCUGUGAGGCUUGCUUAUGAAGUGUGGUGGCUACAGAGGGUCAAAAGCUUGGGAACUGCCAUGUGAGGCACAGUCCAGGCAAGUAGCAGAGUGAUAGUCCCCUUGUGGAGUACUUGCGAGUUGUUGCAGUGUCUGCCUCGGGUGGGAGUCAAAUCCCUGCGGCUAUGUUGUUUUCAGGGUGACCUCGCAGCUGCAGGCUUUCGGUCCGUGUGAAUAGGCUUCCUCGCGGUGCUCUAAGAGGCUCAAUGUGCAGUGCUUCGUCGCUGGGGCCAUGUCUCUCUCUUCGAGGAACCACUCUGUGAGUGCUCGUGGGUGUGCCUGAGUAGUAGAUCGCUGGUAUCGAUCUCAGCUUUAUUGCUUUGUAUUAGGCUUGUAGAAUAACAGUGGGUGCUGUUCUCUUUAGCUGUGCAGUAUUCCUCACUUUUGAGCUGGUGUCAGUUCAAUCGCUCUAGCAGCUCGCGCACAUGGCGGCGGCCAUCUUGUGGACUGGCGCCUGUGUGUUGUUCCCCGCCAGGGUGGUUGAAUAAGCCCAGGUUGGUGCACUGGAUAGUGCUGCUGCAGAUUGGGAUGACCCCCCCGGGGGGGGACUAGCCGCCGGCCAGGAGACCCGGGAGGGCGGCCGUCCCUUCCCAGCUCAAGCCCCAACGAGCUCUGAGCCCAGCCGGAUUACUGUCGGUGCCGGACAGGCUCCCUUGAGGUAUCCCCGUUCUCCCCAGUGACUUGGGGUCUGUGUGGUCAUCGGUGGGGUUUGCCGGUCGCGGUUAACCUCCAAUUUGCGCCGACCUACGGCCCUGGAGCGGGAGCUCAGACAGAAGACGUCUGAUCCUGUCGGCGGCCAGGCCCCGCCCCCAAUGGUAGGUAUAUUUUAACAGUGAGAGACGGAAUAACAAAAAAAAAUCCUGAAAAACGCAUGUCUAAAAAGUUAUAAAUUGAUAUGCAUGUCAAUGAGUGAAAUAAGAAUUUUAUCCCCUAUUAAUAAGCAAGAUUUCUGGCUCCCAGGUGUCUUUUAUACAGGUAACGAGUUGAGAUUAGGAGGACUCUCUUAAAGGAAGUGCUCCUAAUCUCAGCUUGUUACCUCUAUAAAAGACACCUGUCCACAGAAGCAAUCAAUCAAUCAGAUUCCAAACUCUCCACGAUGGCCAAGACCAAAGAACUGCCCAAGGAUGUCAAGGACAAGAUUGUAGACCUACACAAGGCUGGAAUAGUGUCAGGACUCAAUGAGACCCAACCCGCAGGAUAUAAUAGAAAAACGUAUACCGGACCUUAGAGUGGCUGGACUCUAUGUUAGACAGCUAGAGAAUAGUCAAGAACAAGCCAGGGUCGAGUGAGCCAGAAAUCACGAAAACGAGCGUUGGAACUGCUGGAGUGGUGACUGGAAGCAGGAACACGGCCAGAAAUGUGAGUGAGCAUUACAAAUGGGCUACAAGACAAUCGCCAAGCAGCUUGGUGAGAAGGUGACAACAGUUGGUGCGAUUUUUCACAAAUGGAAGAAACACAAAAUAACGUUCAGUCUCCCUCGGUCUGGUGCUCCAUGCAAGAUCUCACCUCGUGGAGUUUCAAUUAUCAUGAGAACGGUGAGGAAUCGGCCAAUAACUACAAGGGACGUACUCUCAAUGGGAUUGUUCUGUAUAGAUAGAUUUUUUGGGAAUUUACUAUGCAAAUCCGACCAAGCCACGAUAUCUCCAAUCCUUUCCGAAUGGAAAGAUAUGAUGAGAGAGUGUUUAACAUUUUCCUAUAAUUAAAUUAUAAUAUAUUACUAAUAUCUAAGUUGAUCUUAAUACCUAAGUAGUCUAUAUAAGUUUUAUUCCAAUUUAAAUAUUUCGUGUUUGAGAUUUUUGAAAGUUACUGUUAUAAUUUGCCAUAUUCGUUAACCCCUUAAGGAUGGCGGGCGUACUAUGCUGUCCUUUGAAAGGGUGGCUCUAAACGCUGGAGGGCGGCAUAGUAUGCCCAGCCGUCCUCCUGGCCCCUUACACUUGACUGGACCAGCAAUCCGCAGCGAUCCUGGUCCGGGGGACUGCUGGGGUCUCGUGUCUCCAGGACCAUGUGAUCACGCUGAUCACAUGGCCACAAUAGGAGUCAAUGGAGCUGCCUGCAGGGGGCCUGUCUGAGCUGUCAGGAAGUCCCUCUGGCUGCAAAAAGUAAAAAAUUAAAAAUCAAAUUAAUAUAUUAUACAUUAUAUAAAGCAUUUUAUAAUAUAUUAAACAUAUAUAAUACAUGUACAGCAUGUUUCCAAAUCCUGUAGAUGCUAUCUUAAAAACAUAGCCCACAUCCGCCCCUUUCUUACGUAAGAUGCUACUAAAGACUUGUCCAUGCUCUAGCAAUUUCCCGCAUGGAUUAUUGUAACCCUCUCCUACUUGGUCUUCCCAAAAACCGUACUGUCCCGCUACAGUUUAUAAUGAAUGCUGCUACGAGACUGAUUUUCCUCUCUAGUCGGUCCUCUCACACUUCACCUCUCUGUCAGUUGGCUUCCUGUAUCCUAUAGGAGUCAAUUCAAAGUGCUAACCCAUACCUAUAAAGCACUGACCAAUUCUAGCCCCUCUUUAUCUCAUCACAGAUCCAUAGGUAUUCUUGGUCUCUCCAUUCUGCCUGUGACCUUCUCCUAUCCGCUGCUCGCACACGUACGGCUAACUCGCGCUUGCAGGACUUCUCUCAGACGGCUCCCUUCCUGUGGAAUACCCUGCCUAGCGCCAUCAGACUCUCCCCUAGUCUUCAAUCAUUUAAGAAGUGCCUUAAAACCCAUCUCUUUAGGAAAGCUUAUGGCCUCCCAGAGUAACCUCUACCUUACAUACCUGUCUCUUGCUCUCUCCUAAAGGGCGACACUCUCUACUCUCUCGUCCAGCUCUGCUUCACUCCCACCUUAUUUGAUGGAUAUUUCCUUUCCUAAUGUGUUUUAUACCCCACCUCGUAUAGACUGUGAGCUCGUUUUAGAAGGGCAUUCUUCAACCUAUCGUUCCUGUAAAUUUUCUUGUAAUUGUCCUAUUUAUAGUUAAUUCCCCCGUCUAAUAAUAUUGUAAAGCGCUACGGAAUCUGUUGGCGCUAUAUAAAUGGUGAGGAGAAUAAUAAUAAUAAAAAUAAUAAUAAUCUCUCCCAGUCUCAGCGAGUGUCUGUGAACGCCCAGGUCAUUUGUUUUAAUGUUCCGUUAAACCGUUCGCAGAGACUGUUGAACUGGGGGUGGUAAGGGAAGCUCCCAAUCGACUUAAUGCCGCAAGGCCUCCAGAGGUGGUGUGUGACUUCUGCCGUGAACUGGGUGCCCUGAUCCGACACUAUCUCCUGGGGAAAUCCCAUGCGGGAUAAAAUUUGCAUCAGGGCCUCUAUUGUUUCCACAUGGAUGUCGGUCAACGCCACCGCCUCUGGGGACCUGGUAGCGUAGUCCACCACCAUCAAGAUAUAUUUCUUGCCGGUGGGGCAAGGCUUAGCUUAGGGUACCACCAGGUCUACUGCUAUUCAGCUAAACGGUUCCUCAAUUACAGGGAGAGGGUGGAGCUUGGCUGUGUGGCGUGCUCUCCUCUUACCUACUCUCUGGCAAGUAUCGCAUGUUUGGCAAUACCACCUAAUAUCCUGAGAAAUUCCAGGCCAAAAUAAAUUUUGGGUAAGCGGAUAUCUGGUUCAGCUCACCCCUAAAUUCCCGUAGCAGCUCCUGCCGGUACUUCUGGUGUAACACUAACUGCUUAGUGGGGAUCAGUUCCGACCUGGCCACUACCCUCUCAGACUCCCUCUACAACAGUCCCUUAUCCCACACAUACCUCUCCCCCUCUAACCCUGCCUGACUAGAGGUGACCCUAUCCCUGUAUACCUGUAACGUGGGGUCUGUGGUCACCUCUUUCCCAAACUCAUUGGGAGUAGCCCAGGGCAAACACUCAAAGGGUGGGGAUGGGUCUCUUACCUAAGCCUCUAGGUGUGAGCUGUGGUCUUGGGUGGGGGCCUGUUGCUUGGUGGCUACCGGGUACAAUUCCUCCGGUUGUACCUGGGGCUCAAAAGCUGAUGUGAGUCUCCCCAGGUGAUUUCCCAACAGUACUUCAGCCGGGAACUCUGGCAUCAACCCCACCUCCACUACUCCAGACCCCGCUUCCCAAUUCAAAUGUACCCGGGCAGUAGGUAGCCAGUAUACUGCUCCCCCGGCUACCCGUACUGCCACCGUAUUCUUGGUCUUUGCAGUGCCCGGCACCAAGUGGCUUUUUACCAGGGUUAAAGUAGCUCCCGUGUCACAGAGCCCACAGAUUAUGGUCAGCCGAUGAUGUUGGCAGUUAUCUGCUUUGGCCAGUAGUAGGUCCACUUCACGCAGGACUUGCCAGUGCUCUAGGAAUGGUGCAGGGGUGGCAUACUUGGUGUGAGACUCUGCCUGGUAGUAGUGCGCUGCUGCUCUGGUGGGUGGUGGUGGCCCCGGGCGGAUACAUGGAGCCGGUCUCGGUUCUGGGGGCAAUCCCUGUGCAUAUGCCCCAUGUUUUUACAGAUGUGUCUCUGGACUUGGUUUUGCGGGUGGAAGCAAGGCUGUGGGGCAGUAGCAUUAUUAAAUUGCCUGGGAGCUGCCAGUGGACCAGGAGGUGCUGCUGCAGGUCUGAAGAAGGGUCUGGACUAGACCGGUCUCUGCUGUCAGCGGGCAUUUAUAUAUUCAUCGGCGCGCCUUGCUGCUUCGGUGAUGGAAGUGGGGUUGCUGUCCCUUACCCACUCCUGGAUGUCUGGUGCCAGCCUGUUAAAGAAUUGUUCCAUCAAAACCAAUUGUAACAAGUCUUCCAUUGUGCGGGCCUUAUGUGCUUGUACCCACCCAAGAGCGCCUUGGUGCAGCCGGCAGGCUCAUUCAGCAUGCAAGUCUUUGUCCGACAUUUUUCAUGUCUCUAAACCGCCUUUGGUAUGCCUCUGGUGUGAUGGCAUACCUGGCGAGUAUCACCUCUUUUACCCAGCCAUAAUUCAAGAUUUCCUGGUCUGGGACAGUGCGGCAAGCCUCUGCUGCUCUCCCUGAUAGUCGGCUUGCCAAUAGGGGAACCCAUUCCUCAACAUCAAUUUUAUGUAGGGUACAUUUUCUUUCAAAAUCCUGGAGGAAUGCAUCAAUAUCUUCCUCCGCCUCUACAUAGUUUUUAAAUGCAUUAUAGGGUAUUUUGGGCUUACCCUCUUGCACCACUGUCACUGCUUGGGCUCUUUCAGGGUUUUGUUGAUCCCUUUGCCUUAGCACGAACUCCUGGACCUCCGACAUGGUUCGUGCAAUAAUGUCUGUAAAUGGGCUUUCGCUUUAAAAAGACAACUAAAAUUGUAAUUCCCUUUGGAGAUCCGUCUGUUCCCAUUUGUGUACCGAACUAUUAUUUGUUUGGAAUUCCACCAUUACUUCAGCAACGGGGGUAGCCUUUUUCUUGCUGCUCGCUGAUAUCCCUCUUGCCUCUAGGAGAUGCUUUAGCGUGGAUCGUUUCAGGAUGGAGUAGUCAAUCUCCAUCCACGGUCCAUCUGGCACUGCUAUAUCCACUGGUUCUUGUUCCUCUGUGAGCUCUGGAUCCUGACGCUGCCUAACAAUGUUGCCAAGCCCUAGUCCUAGCAGGGACUCUCCUCCGCUGGUUACACCAAAGUACAGUCAGGAACAAGUAAAAUUAUCCAAUACAACAGUCAGGCACAUCAAAAUAAUCAAAGUAAUUUCCCACCUGGGGGUAUAACUGAAUUUUAUUCACACAUACACUGCUUUUAUGCCAUCUCCCAUGCAACUUGUCUCACAGGCAGAAAAUGCAAGGGUUUCAAUAAUUGCCUGAGUAAACUCCUUCAAUUUAAUUAUCUCUCAAGCACAAAAAAUCCCCCAAAUAUCCCGUAACCUAAAAAUUCCCCAACCAUUCAUAGGAACCCCACAAAAAAGUAUCUUCCCUGAUAGCCCUAAUCUGAGUGACCAACAUAUCCAAGAAUCACUCAGAUCGGUUUGGUAGAACGGAAAUGGCAUCCUGUGAAAGAUUUGAUCCGCCAGACACAAGGUGAUAGCUGAAAAUAGUUCCAGGAGAAUAGGUGCUCUGGCCGGUUUCUGUUUGUGAGGUUCCUGUGUGAAAACCAUACAAGGGAAUCUCUUGCUUUCAUGAUAUGAAUGCUCCCCCUGUUCAGUACUCUAUAUCUCCUGAACGCCGUUCGCGUAGAUGGUCGGGAACAGAAAUGGGUAGCGUUCGACAGUUUACUGGUGUUCGCGCGAGUGCCAAGCCAAAAAUAGUUCUAGGCACUCGACAACCAAGUACUGCUGCCCUCAUUCGGGAGACAGGAUAGCCGCCAUUCUCCCAGCCACAUGUUCAGUUAUCCGAAAUGGUGGCCACCCCAGAGAAGCACUCAUUAAUUGUUUCCCUUGUGGUUUCGCACUUAAGUGGUUGGUGUUAACGUUCCCUGUUCGGAAAACGAAUGGAUUCUGUUCGUAUGAAGUCUCCCGAGCGGCCAAAAAAGAACCAAUCAAAAUAACCGGGGCAAAACACACAAAAUAAUAGGGGGAUGAUACGGACAGCCAACAUAUGGGAUAAAAAGUAGCUUUCAGAUGUCCAUUCCGCUACAGUAAGUACAUAAAGUAAGGGUGCCAAAGGGCAGCCUUAAUGGGUGCCGUUCGAGAUGAUAAACCACUCGGAUUCGAAUAGUGGGCCCGUAACUUUAGCUUUAGGAUUAGAAUAUAAAGCCAUAAUAUUAUCCUUAAUCCAGCUUGUGAAAAAAACUCUCCAGGACAGAGUCCAAAUAGCUCCACCCCACUCUAUUGAAGGCUUAUUCUGCAUCAAGAGCCUAAAUGGCCAUCCCUGUUUUAGUUAGUUCUGUUUUGUGAAUUAUAUUUAUUAUUUUACGGGUGUUAUCUAUUGGAUUUCUAUCCAAGACAAAUCCCGAUUGAUCUUUAUGAAUAACUUGUGGAAUUAUCAAUUUGAGUCGAUUGGCUAAAAUCUUUGAGAAUAUCUUUACGUCUACAUUUAUUAGUGAUAUUGGUCUAUAAUUCGAAAUAGACAAGGGAUCUUUACCUGGUUUUAAGAUCGGAGGUACCAUGGCCUGGAGCAUCUCAUUUGUGAUAACAUUAAUUGAGAAAUCAUGGAAUGUCCUAAAAAGUAUAGCCAAUGGAGUCACUAUGGGGGCCAGAGGGGGCCAUAGCCCCCCUUACAUAAUGCAGUGCCCCCCACUUGUGCUCCCCUAAUUAAAAUUGAAGUCGGGAGAACUGCAUCUCCCUACACAAGCUGAAGCAGCAGCACUGUCACUGUGGAUCCCUUCUCCCAUAAGCAGCCAAAGGGGGCACUGUGCUGGGAGGACUUCCUCCUGGGUCAUAGAGAGCAGUGCAGAGGAGAGGAAGCUCAGAUCUGCACAGAGGCAUCCGGGCAGCUGCUGGUAAGAGUGAGUCAGUGUGUGUGGUUCAGUCUCUGUAUGUGUGGGGAGGGGGAGUCUGUGUAGGUGUAUGGCUCUGUCUGUGUGUGUGUGUGUGUGUAUGGGUCAGUCUGUGUGUGGGGGUGGGGGUUCAGUCUGUGUGUGUGGGGGUCAAUUUGUGUCUAUGGGUCAUUCUGUGUGGAGUGGGUCAGUCUGUGGGGAUGGGGGUUCAGUCUGUGUGUGUGGGGGUCAGUUUGUGUGUAUGGGUCAGUCUGUGUGGGGGGGGUCAGUCUGUGUGUGUGUGUAUGGGUCAGUCUGUGUGUGUGUAUGGGUCUGUUUGUGUAUGUGUAUGGGUCAGUCUCAAUAAGUGCUUGAACUCCAAGAGAGAUACCUCUCAUCUUGUGACCUCCCUUGUACCCGAUGGAUAGGCAGGCUUUUCAACCACCACAGAUCUGAUUGUGCCACCCCCUCCCUGCAAGGUAAGAUGAGGGAAAUGGAAAUAUUCUUUUUUUUUUGUGAACAAUUAUUAAAGUAAAAAUUGUAAAGCUCUUCCCUAUCCCAAUCUCUACACCCCCUGAACACAGUACACCCCAACAAACAGUGAACCCCCCACAUACAGUACACUCCCACCAACACAGUGCACCCCUCACACACAUCAUCUUCUUUUCAACCACAUACACUUCUUGUAAAAUAAUUAAAAAUCGUCUCAUAAUUUUUGCUCUCUUUUUUUACAGGUCUAACCUCGGUUUCUGCACACCUCAACCGACUUUGUUCUUAUCAAAUUACAUUCAUUUUAACCAUACGUUCCACUAUUAUCCCGUACACAAAAAAAAAUAUAUAUAUAUAUAUCUACUUGAUAAGCACACAAUGCAACCCCAGUACACAUAUACUCACAAUGCAGCCCCUAGAUGCGCACGCACACACUUUACAGGCUCUUUCAGCGCACACACACAUUUUCUCACACUCUCACAAAUUGCUAUUUUUAUUUUAAUUUAAAUCCACCCAGCCUUUGGGAGAGCUGAAUGGAUCUUUCCCUGACGUCCAGUGUGUCUCCUCUCAGUCUUCCUGCAGUUUCUCUCUGCUCAUCUGCACGCUCUCUGUAGUGAUGCCGGGGCCAGAGUGACAUCAUAUCACUAAACAGCGCGCAAGGGAGCAGAGAGGAACUGAAGGAAGGUUACUGCACCUUCACGCUCUGCCUCCAUGCACCCUGCAGUGGCUGGCUUUAAUAUUUCCUGCGCGGCUUAGCAAGGGGCUAACAAAUGCCAGGCGCCAGGGCGAUAUGUCUAGUCGCCAUGGCAACCUGGCGCCUGGAAUUUGUCGAGUCCUGUGUAUGUAUAUGUGUGUAUAUGUAUAUAUAUUAAAAAAAAAUAUAUAUACACACACACACACGUUUUAUAACUGCCCCCCUACUUUUGUCCCCAGUCGCUCUAAGUAUGAAUCCUGGAGACGCCACUGAGUAUAGGUAUAAAUAUAUUUUAAUUUUUUUUUAAAUAAAAUAUAGAGAAGUAGUUGUCAGGGCCAGGAGCUUUAAAGGGUUUCAGGUCACAAAUUACUUUUUUAAUAUCUAUAUCUGAAAAUGAUCUAUUUAGAUUUUGUAACGAUUCUUAAUUAAUUUGGGGAAUUUCAAGACCACCUAAAAAUUCCACAGUCUUCGUUUUUGAGGGUGGAACGAUCUUUAAAUUGUAGAGGUUUUCAUAGUAAUGGGCAAAUGCCUUAGCAAUAUCUUUUGGGGAAUGAAAAAAAAAUAUUAUUUAUAAUUAGUCUGGAGAUAGUAUUCUGUUUCCUGUCUUCCGACUUUAUUGUUAUUAUGGUACCACUUUUGCUUCAAACGAAGGAUAGCUUUUUCGACUUGAGUUAAUACCUUGUUGUUUAUUUCCUUCCUGAUUUUAUCUAUUAAUUUAGUCCUUUCAGAACAGAUGUUAUUCAUGUUUAAUCUUUCAUUUUUAGCUAACUCAACUUGUAGACCUAGCAGCGAUUUCUGUUUGCAUUUCUUUUUUGUGUACCCAUUUUAAUAAGUAAACCUUGAGUAAAGCAUUUAAGAGUGCACCACAAAACAGAAGGUGAAACUGGAUCGUUAUCAUUAAUUGUCAGAAAUUUCUCUAUCUCCGUUUUGGUAUUUUUUUUUCAAUAUAUAUUCAGACAAUUUAGGGUGGUCAAAAAGAAAUCUAUCAGAGAAUAGAAUAAACUUGGGAAUAAAAAGUAUAUUCUCGAUCAUUUGGAUGCAAUACUCGCCAACAGUCAUAAAGGGAAUUGGAUAUUAAAAACUCUUGCAUUUCCUUAUCUGAGGAUAUAUUCAAAUGUUUACUUUGAGUUUUACAUUUAGGAUUUCUGUCCAGAUUAGAGUUAAAUACAAUAUUGAAGUCCCCUCCUAUGAAUGUUCUACCAAAAGUAUAUAUUUUAUUAUAAAGGUUUUGAAAAAUUUAGAUGGUGUUUGGUUUGGAGCAUAUAUAUUGAUUAAUGUAUAUAUGUCAUUGAGUUUAACUAUUACAAUUUGUUAUCUGCAAUAUAAUGCAUAACUUCUACUUUAAUUUUAUCAGAGUUAAUAAUUGCCAGACCUCGUUUCUUUUUUGAAUCAAACAUGUUUGCUUUAAAGAUAUUUGGAUAUUUUAUAAAUUUAUAUAUUUUUUGUGAUCUUGCACCUAGUGUGUUUCCUGAACCAAAGCAACAUCAAUUUUGCUUUUAAUUAGAAGGCUAUACAGACAACCUCUUUUUUGGGGGGUGUUAAGCCAUCUGACAUUUCAAGUAACAAAUUUAAGUGACAUGGAUGAUUCGAUUUUUACAGUCAAUACACUGAAAUUUCUCUCUUUUCAAGAUACCCAAGCAUUCAAACAUUACUUUAUCAUGCACACUACAUAACUUACUUACUAAACAAGAGCUGUUAGGAAACAACAUCCGCAGGGUUUUUAAGGCUAUACGUUUCAUUAUACAGACCAUACUAGCACAGUCUGUAGUUUGAACAUUGCCUGGCAAUAGUGAAGAACAAAGGUUAAUGCUUAUUCUCAGGACGGUAUUUAGGGCCAGUGCAAGGAUUUUGGGCUACACAGACACAUGCAUUUUGCCCCCACCAACCCAUCAUACUCCUCACACUAUUCUCCCCCUUAAUUGUGCAGAACUCACACAGAUAUCAUUACCCAGCAUUACCCAGCACUCAGGAGGUGUGUGUGUGAGAGCUACAUAAUUGCUACAUAAUUGUGACUCCCAAACACAGGCCAAGGCGCCUGUUACUUAUCUCCCCUCAUCAGCACAUCUAAGCUCCAAGCAGGCACACUAUAUGAGCUGUAAAUAGGAGCCCCCUACAGGACAGUUGGCUGUAGGCAGGCGCCUACUCUGCAUAAUGCAAACGUAGUCCCUGGGAAUAGCACAAUAGGGCUUUAAGUUGUAAACACGUCCCAAUAAUGGGAAGUAUGGAUACAGGGCAGGUGGGCAGCCAGGAGGGGAGUGCAACAAUGGACAGACCCACACAAGAAAGGGUGGGGGUUUUCUUCUAAAGUAGGAAGGUGUGCCAAAAACAGUGUGUGCCAGUCUGGUAUGUGUGAAACAGGAGUUGUAUCGUGUAGAGGGGGGCAUAGGGGCAUUUAAAAAUAUAUAUAGUUAUAAUGAAAAUUAUUUAACCCCCAUUACAAAUAGGUUUAUUGUCAAACUGUACAGACUUUCAGCUGUUUGCAGUGAACAAAUCAAACAAAAGCAAAGGGGGUGGGGCCGGGCCGCCUGGCCGAACAGACGCAUUAUGCAUGGGCUCCAGCAUUAACCUGAGCAAAAAGGCACAAAAGGCCGUUCCAGACUGCUAAAAAGUCGGAUAUCCCGACAACAAUUAACAGGGAGCAAUCCCAGCGCAUCUCAGACGCUAGCACUAAGCACACCUCACAAGCCGGACGGGCAAUGGAGGGCGAGCACGGCCUACACGCGGCAGAGCACCCGACCGCAGUCACAACAUGCGGCGUGAAGCCACAGAGAGGCGCAGCCCCGAAACAUUUAAGCGGGAGAGGCGCCACACAGAUUGUUCCCUUUUCACCCCCGGCCCGGGGCACGGCCCUGCCCCCCCCCCCCAGUUUAUGGAACUGCUCCAACACAGCUUAACAUACCCGGAGAACCACAGUAAAAUUUAACAGGGGGGACUGGCAUGGACGGCUCAUGCAGGCCCAGGGCGAUGCUGAGCGCUGGGCGGGACCUGCGCACCGCCCACACGCCGACCCGAGCAGUGAGUACCCCAGUCUCUGGGUAUGGGGGGUCCCCGGAGAACCAUGUCCUUGCUGCCGUGAGCCCUGUGAAGCGGGAGUGCGCUGCCCUGCCGGCGGACCGGUGGCCGAGAGGGCUGAGUACCAGCUUUAAGCGUGAGGCCGGCAUUGGGAGAGACACAGGAGUGCUUGCUCCAUAGGAAACAACGUGGUGCUGGGGAGGUGCAGGGGGCGGGAGAGCUGCGGACUUUGUGGUGGGGUCCAGUGGACAAUCUCUGCCCCUGAGUGCCCACGGCACCGCUGAGGACCAGCCGGUGGGCGAUGUGGGGUGAACGGACGGAGGCUCGGUGACCUGAGGACUGCACCGUAGCUGAGACAUGUUGGGCCUCCCUCAGACUGCCAUACAGCCUCCUCUCAAGUUCUUACCAGCCUUGCUUCCAUAUUGUUACAGUCCGUAUUAUUGUUUUUUACUUUUUACGCAUUCAUUAUUAUUGCAUGCCUGUGUCAGAAUUCACUAGGUGCUGAUUUAGGACAAACAGUUAUGACCUAUUACAGCCUUAUGUUGCCUGCUUAAUAUACUAUAUUAGUCGUGUAGACGCUGUUCAUGCAGCAGUGCUCAUAUGAGCUAAAGUUUAAGGUCACAAAUUAUUGCACACACUACCUCACCCGGAAUAGCUGUAAGCAAUAUGAAAGGCCUUGCUUUUUCAUUAUACUCUUAGAUAAUCUUACAAAACAUCACUGCCUCUAUAAGCCCCUUUACUGCAACACUGCACACUUCUUUUUUUUGGGGGGGCUUGUUAGGGAUUGACCUAAACUGUUAUUUGCCUUACUUAAGUUUGACGUGUUACUACAACAGCACAUUAACCUCGGCUGAGAUCUAGUUAAUUUUGUAUUCUCUCAGGUAGCCAUACCAACAUCACUGCCCUUACUUACCUGCAACACUGUACUUCUAUGAGGCUCCGGUAAGGAUAGACCUAAACUGUUAUUUGCCCUAAGUAAGUUAGACCUGUCAAUACAACAGCGUGCUUACUUCGGCAAAGAUUUAUUUCAUCAUUUUAUUUGUUACACGCAGAUCGACACACGAUGUAUGUUCAUGAUGAGAAAUUCAGCAUCAGCCACCGUGACUGAGCAAGUAGCCAGACACAUACAAUUAAAUACCUUUCAUAUUGUAAUAAAGGUUGGAACACAACAUCAGAAUGCUACUGUCACAAGUUUGUUUUAGCCUAGACAUAUAAAUCCUCGCAAAGUUUAUGCACGUUUCAAUGAUCUGAUAUACCCGCCUCUGCGCAGGCAACCAUCCGCAUUUAUUUUCGUAUACAGAUACCCGCGCCUCUGCGUAGGCGACUACAUGCUUUAACGUAAAUAUGUUUGAUGUAUAAGUAUAUGACAUGACAACAAUAAAAAUAUUCAAAACAAACAAAAGCAAAUAAAAAAGCUCAGCACAAUGAAUACUUCAAGUAAGUGGUUUCCUCAAAUUCAACUAAAAAUAUAACCUAUGACUUUUCCAGUCUCAAAAUGUUUUCAAACCCCCAAAUAGAAUCCCUCAGAACAGCACAAAUAUGCCUCAUAUGUCUCAGGCACUCCUGAUGCAACUAAUCAAGGUCUUCCAGGUGUGCUUGAGCUGGAACACUUGAAAUACCUGAACUGGCUAGGGGUUUGUUAAGUGUCACUUUUGACUGCAUGUUAGAAAUAAGUCAAAAGAAUGGUCCACAAAGUUAAGAGAAAGUUAAGAACUAAUCAUCAUUCACAAAUACAAAAAGAUAGCGAAGGCAUAAAAUGGUUUUUAGAUACACCAUUACAAGCACAGUUUGAAAGUUUAAAAAGUGCUUUCACAGGGGGCGGGGCCUGACUGCCAAGAUGGCCGGACGCACUCUCUGACAGCUCCGGCUCCAACGGGUAAAAAAAUCACGAAUCCCGAUCUACCAAGCAAUGUCAGCAGUGCAUGGUGCCAGGAAAACGAUACAGGACCCUGCAUGGAACAUAUCGAUACCUGUCCCGCAUCAAAACGCGAAACGAGUGCUUGAACCGACCAUGAGGCCUAAACAGGAGCGGAGCCUAACGCCUGGGGGAGGCGGCCGAUCUCCCGGCAAGGGAACCGCUCAUAAGCAUGAAUCAAACGCUGUCCUGCUACCCCCCCCCUGGACCGGCGGGGGAUAUCCCGGUCCAAGCUGGGGAAGCCCACCCCCGCAAAGCAACGCGAACAAGCGACAAAUACUGUGGUGAGACGAAACCGCCAGUGCUCAGGCAAGAUGGCGCCACUGGCACGGCCGGCGACGCAACACACCCGUUUACAACCACCCAAGCAUACCUUGGACUUCUUUGACCAGCUCUGCGCAAGCCUCUAGACGAAGCUCAGGGACAAAGGUCAUGCCUUCAGACUAGCAAGGGGACUGGCGGCAGCAUGGAUUCGCCUAGCAGUCCGGCGACACCUGAGUGGAAAAGGCGACAUGUCCCGCAGGCAAUAGUGAUCACUCCCACACACACCAGGGCAAGGCCAGCCAGCAUACCCAAGCUGUCUACCACCCAGUGAUCUCGGAGACUUACGAUCUCCACGCUAACCUCACCAACCCCCGAACCCCAGCUUGCGACAGCAAGACUCACCAGAACGGUGAACACCGCACAGGGGCCUCGGGAAGGGUCCGGCGAGAAGAACAACCAAAAGCUUUAACCCCUUGUAUGCUGGCAAGCGAGGGAGACAGACACCUGUACACCUGCAGCUUCCCACUACAGGGCAUCGGCUGAGCAGUCUGCAGGGAUGCUCACAGCACGCAUAGGGUCCUUUUGUGUUUAAACUGUUAACUGCAAGUAUUCUGAUUAUGGACAGAUUCCUACCAUUGCCUAUUCAACCUGAUGUAUAUAUGUCACAGCUCUAUACUAACAAACAUAUCUCUUAUACGCUAAGGUAUAGGACAGUGAAGCUCAUAUGACAUCUUACACAAAGGCUCUGUCUUGUAUACAACAUACUCCUUUAUUGUAUUUUACUUACUCUUAAGGAAUAUUGUAUAGACCUAGCAUGUUUACACACUGUGCGCUCCAGCAUAGCAUUGCGCUUAACUCUAUUCAGUUACUAAGUAGAUAUGCAUUCAAACGACUGAACAGCGAUACCCAGUAUAAUGCUACCUAAGCUUGUUCUCUACCAUGUUAAUAUGACUCACGGAAAUCCCUGUGUAUAUACACACUAGCCUUCACCCAGAACGUAGGUUUAGACCGAAAUGUCUUGCUUUAGUUUAGGCUUGUUGCCCAUCCACGUUACUUACUCCUUAACUGUAAUAACCUGUAAACGAUUAGCAAGCCAAUCCAAAGACAGCACUUAGAACUAGCCUGUAGCGCAUACUGAUACAUGAUUUGCGACGCCAGCAACUCAUAUACAUGAUUUGCGACGCCAGCAACUAGUUAAUAUGCCGAACAAGACUACUUAAGGUCUGACCACUCUCUAAAGUUGCUUAUGUAAGCUGAUUGUAUUACUUAACAUUGUACUCGAAAUAUGCGCAGUUAAACGACAACCUUUAUACUUUAAAAAUGUGUGCACUGUUAUUGCAUACCCCAUUGUUAUAAUUGUAAUGGAACUAACGUGUGGAGUGCCGUUGAGGUACCACACGCAUGUCUGUUCAACCCAUAUGCACUGCAAAAAUAAAGAAUUAAAAAAAAAAAAAAGUGCUUUCACUACCUGGACUGGGCAAAAAAGGGAGCUAUCAAUAGCUGCAACCAGAUUUCUAAGACAGGUUGUGAAAAAUCCUUGAGUGACUGCAAAAGACCUGCAGCAAGACUUAGUGGUAACCGGCACUGAAGUUUCAGUGAGCACAGUAAGGCAAGUACUAAACGCAGAAUGCUUCCAUGCCAGAACUCCAAGAUGUACACCACUACUGACCUAAAAGCACAAGAUAUGUCAGCUCAAAUAUGCUCAAUCAUGCAGAUAAGCCACAGAAGUUUGGGGAUUUUGUUCUGUGGAGCGAUGAAAUAUAACUGGAACUUUUUUGACCAAUUGCUCAGCGAUAUGUCCAGAGAAAGAAGAAUGAAGCAUAUGAUGAAAAGAACACUCUGCCUACAGUUAAGCAUGGUGGUAACUCGUGAUGCUUUGGGGCUGCUUUGCAUCCUUUGGCACUGGAAACAUGCAGCAUGUGAAAGGCAAGAUUCAUUCAUUGAAGUAUCAGGAAAUCCUAGGUGAAAACGUCAUGCCAUCUGUGAGGAGGUUGAAGCUUGAGAGUCAUUAAACCUUUCAACAAGACAGUGAUCCCAAGCAUACCUCAAAUUCCACCAAGGCUUGGUUGCAGAAGAAGUCCUGGAAUAUUCUACAGUGGCCAUCACAGUCACCUGACUCUGAUGGGAUUUGAAGAAGGUGGUUGCAACACGCAAACCCAAGAAUAUUAUUAAACUGGAGGCCAUUGCUCAUGAGCAAUGGGCUAAGAUUCCUCAAAAAUAUUGCCAAAAGCUGGUAUCUGGCUAGGCAUCUCGUUUUAAAGUCAUAACUGCAAAAGGGAGCUUUUCUAAGUUAUUAUAGAUGCUUGCCAUGAAGGGGUUGAAUAAUUUUGAGAAGUCAUUAUAAGUUGGGGAAAUCACUUGAAGCAUUUGUUGCGUUUGAUUUGUUUAUUGCAAACAGUUGAAAGUCUGUAAAUUUUGACAAUAAACUUGAUUUUCAAUGGGGGUUAAAUAAUUUUGUUUACAACUGUAUAUAUUAUAUAUAGCACUUCCUCUAGCUGGGUCCCCAUAAAGUAUCAGAGUGUUACCGUGGUAAACUGCUGCAAUGCUCUGGUACAUUUGUGGAAGACCAUAUGUCUGAGCUUGCCAUGAAGGAAGAUCCUUGAUUUCCUCAAAUACCAGGGACUGUCCCAGCUCCCAUUUUAGGCCAGCAGAUCUCCCCACCAUGCAUUUGUCGUUUCAGCAGGGACCAUCUUUGAUUCCACAGGCUGGCCCUUAGUACAGCGGUUCAAGACCCCAAAUUUAGUAAGAUCCAGUACAGAUAGGAAGUGAUGCUGUGGCCAUAUCUGCAUAUUUUUUUAGAGAUAGUGCUUUUUAUAGAAGCUUUGGAAUCAGUUCUUGAUACAAAUGUAUGAUCAUUUUAGAGUACCAAUGUUAAGUGAUGCAUUUUCUGAAUAGUGGGCUGAAGAAAAAGGUUUUAUAAUUUUUUUUAGUAUUUAGUUUUAUUGUCUCCCCCCUCAUUAUUUUUAUGGUGAGGGGGUAGGUGGGGAUUGAUUUAUUUUAUUUUGUUGGGGUGACAAGGGGCUUGGGGUCCCCUAGUCACAGGGGGGGAUGUAUUUUCAUUUAGGGCCCCACACACCACUCAUGGGUGGCGGCCCCCCUUACUGUUAUUUAGGGGCCCCACCCACCUCUUAGGGUUGCGGGCCGGGUGGAGGACAAUAGGUCCCCACCCCUUAUUGUUAUUUAGGGCCCCCAACCACAGCUCACGGGUAGGGGUUGGGGGGGGCAAUAGGUUCCCCCUUCAGUUUUAUAGCUCCCACUCGCAUGGCAUGGGUGGGGGCUUGGGAGGGGAGAUACUAGGGUUUUUGGGGGGGCUGCUCACUGUUUAGUAGACAUGCCCCCUACUCGCGAUAUAGUGAGUAGGGGCAGACUUUACUAAUACUAAGUAAUCUUGUACCAUGGGAAUUAGGGAGUUGUGGGUGGGGGCUGGGGGGAGGACAAUAGGUCUCCCCCUAUUGUAAUUUAGGGCCCCCAACCACAGCUCACGGGUAGGGGUUGGGGGGGGCAAUAGGUUCCCCCUUCAGUUUUAUAUCUCCCACUUGCAUGGCAUGGGUGGGGGCUUGGGAGGGGAGAUACUAGGGUUUUGGGGGGGGCUGCUCACUGUUUAGUAGACAUGCCCCCUACUCGCGAUAUAGUGAGUAGGGGCAGACUUUACUAAUACUAAGUAAUCUUGUACCAUCGGAAUUAGGGAGUUAUCUACUAAACGGCUGCAAGAUGCAGCCGUGGCACGAAUGAGAUAGGAGUUUCAUUCAUAUGAAUGAAAUUCCAAUAUGAACAAAGUCCCGAAUUGCGUCCUAACAUGAAUGAACAAACUGUUCUCAUUCUGUUAGGACGUAUUUCAGUGGUUUUGCCGGCGUUCUGUCUAAAUGACAGGACGUUUGGGAAUACUGACAGGAAGCAUCGCGAGAUCACGGAGGAAAGGUAAGAAUUGUGGGAACAUUACUCUGACCACAGGAAACGAAGCACACUUUGCUCCUCUGCUGGUCAUAGCUGGUCAGGCGUAGGAAACCUCCAUAAGACAAAGUAGUCCCUAUUUUGUCCUAUGUUUUUAAAGAAAACUAGAGCAGACAUGAAGAAAAUGAAAAACAGAUCCUGACAGAGGGAGAGAAGAGGAAUCGAUUAAAGAAAGGUAAGUUCGGCAUGACAGUGCCCCUUUAAAUACUUCGCCAGAAUAUUAGCCUUUACUUGAUUUUUUUAAAUAGAUUUUUUUAAAAGGUCAAUUGCUGCAUUGCUUUUUUUACGGUUAAAGGAUAUAUCAUGCAACAAUACAUGUGGUUUAAACUAGCUUGUAGCCAAUUCAAAGGUAAAGAGAAGUUAUGUCGACAGAGGUCUUUAGUAUAUCUCUAUAAUGACUGUGGAUGCUGAAAAACCAGAACUGAAAGUCGAUAAGUUACCUAGAAAAGUGAAUGGAGAUUUACUGAGUAAUCUAUUUUCAGAAAUUGUUUAACAUGUUGAGUACCAAAUGUUUUUUGGAAAGUUAAUUCAUUUUUCUUAGUGCAUUUUUUAGGAAAACCUCAACACAAGCUUUUAUUUUGCUAAUUGUAGAAUAUACCAUGCUUCAGUAGUCAUGAAUAGAAAACACUAAUAGGGAGGAGUACAGAGAGGAAUGGAAAGGAUGAUUUUAGCACCAGGAUUCUGCUUCAAGAGUUUUUAAUGUAUUUGAUGCAAGGCCAACAAGACCUGGUUCUAGCAUACCUCACAACUGUCCUAGUUCCAGCAGGACUGUCCUGAAUUUGGGCUACUGUCCCAGGUUUGUUCCUUGGUGUCCUACAUUUGUUCACACUAGCUUAGCUGGAUAAACUGAGGGCAUUUGGUCCUUGGUCAGAGUACUUCAUAAACACUCUCUACAUAGACUGCCAUGAAUUGGGCCAGUAUGACAUGCUUCUACUCAGAAGGCUGACUCGAUCCUUUACCAUGUGACUUCACCUCUCACUGCUGCCGCCCCUGGCACCUCUAUCCUGGUGUAGUAGGGAUAUUCUGGUAGUCCUGACCCAAGCAGGACUUACUAGCAUGCAUUCUUGAUCUUAAAGUUUAUCUGUCUUUUUCACGGGUCUUUGCAUAUUUUGCAUAUACCCCUGAAGGUGACAUCUCCAGUUAGGAUGCAGUGGCCGUUGCGUGCUGUAGAAUGUAGUUCUACUUAUCUGAAGCGAUCACUUGUGACCAUCGCCAUCUUCUUCCUGAAGACCUUCCGCGGCUCCUGGUGCCUCAUGUGCCAGGAGCAGUGUCAGCAGUGUACUCUCACACAUGUCGGUGCCUGUCUGUCUAUGAGGCAGAUUAUUUUUCAUGAUUAUAGUUUUUGGGAUUUAGUUUAUGAACAAGUGUAUACUGUAAACUAUGCUUUACCUAGCUAUCAUGCAGAGAACUUUACAGGGUUUCUUCAUGAACUACCCGAAUACAUUUUGUUGUAUUUUGAGAAUUGAGGUCAACUGCACAUGGCAGCAAAUAUGCGGAACCUUUAUCUCAAUGAUUAAAUUCAGAACCAGUUUGGGUGCUUAAUAAAAAUCCAGACCCAUAUAGCAUGCAUAUAGGACUUAUUUUGACCACUAUAAUAGUAGACACUGGAUUGGGUGCAUGUAGAUUUGCAAAUUCAUUGAAGUAAAUACUCAGAUUUCCAUUUUAGGUUGAAUUCCAAUACUUGUAGAUUUCGCAAACCAAACUCCAUAUUGUUCUCUUUUCUUGUUCCAGGUGACCAGUGCUCAGGGGGCAGCAACAUUUUCACAGAGAUUCCAGAGAACAGUCCCAAUGGAACUUUUGUGGCUAACCUGACAGUAUUUGGAGAUCCAGUAACCACUACAGUAAAGCUUUGUUUAAGUGGUACAGAUGCAGACUGGUUCUACUUGGAAGGGAAAAAUGUUUGGCUUAAUGUGUCUUCAGGAAAAACACUGGACAAGGAGGUAAGACAAUGGCUUUGACUAGAAGCCUCAUUCUAGAAUAUGAUUAAAGAAACAAUGUAAUCGGAAUCGAAUGACAGAGCACAAUAGCAUGAUAAUUCCUCCAAAAGUUAAAAUGAGCACUGUAAGCACCAUCACCACUACAGCCUGUUUAGUGGUUAUGGUGCUAGGAGGCAUGACCCUCGCUCACUGGAUAUCUAAUGUGGCGUUUCCGAUUCUUCUUUAGCAAUUUAAAUUUUGUCCAAAAUUGGAAGUCAUUAUUUGGCUGACCAUAUCUAUCAUUUUAACUAAAAUUCAAAACUACAAUAGAUCAUACAAAUAAAUAAACAUGGCAUAUGUAGGUUUGUAUAAUCAAACAAUAUAAGAAAUGCAGCAUUUUACUCUAUUAUUUUUAAUACAUACAGUAAAAUUAAAAAGUCCAAUAACAUUUAAAAUACCAUAAAAUGUGGUAUAAUAAUAUAAUAUAUAUUAUAUUAAUAUUAUAUUAACAAAUAAUAAUGAAGUGUAAAUUAUUGCACAUCCCUUAAUAUUGUAAAUGAAAUAUCUUGAUUUUUACAGAUUACUGUAAUUUUCCCACCUGUAAACAAUAAUUUAUGAUGCAAAAAUUAUAGUAGGAAGAUCACAGAUCUGUGAAACGACAAUUAAUAUAAUAUUCCUCAGUUGUUGUUUUUUUAUUGUGUGGAGUUGAUUAUGAAUAAAAAAAAAAAAAAAAGAAGGAAAGGUAGAUUAUGCUCUUCAGACUAUAUUUUUUAGUACAUAAACUCACAUAGUUGAUUGUUAUGGAUUUAUUUAUAAUGGUUAUAUAUAUUUAAGUAAAAAACUAUUGGAUCCAGAGUCGUAAGAGAUGCAGCAAUCAUGAUAUCACCAUCUAAAUUAUGUACACUGAUCAGCCAUAACAGUAAAACUACUGACAGGUGAAGUGAAUAACAUUUAUUAAAUUGUUACAAUGGCACCUGUAAAAGGUUGGGAUAUUUCAGGCGGCAAGUGAACAGUCAGUUCUUGAAUUUCAUGUGUUGGAAGCAGAAAAAUGUGCUAUUGAAAAUAUCUGAGUGACAUUGAUAAGGGUCAAAUAGUGAUGACUAAACAACAGGGUCAAAUUAAGCGACCUUGUUGCAGGGAUGGAUGUAAAAUUGAGCCUAAGGAAAAGAGAUACACAGUUAUUUAAAGGAAUUUACAGGUAGGAGUGGCAAACUGGUGGGGAGAAGGAGGAGAAUUGAGUUCCCUGAUGACAGUGACCUCUUUCGGCAGGAUAAUGCACCCUGCAAAAAUUGUUCAGGAAUGGUUUAAAGAACAUAAAAUAGAGUUCAAAGUGUUGCUUUGGCCUCCAAAUUCCCCAGAUCUCUAUACAAUCAAGCAUUUUGUGCGAUGGCCUGAACAAUAAAUUGGAUCCUUAGAGAACCCUCCUAACAACUUGGGGUCUCCAUGGAUCUACUGCUAAUGUCUUGGUGCCAAAUACCACAAGACGUGUUUAGAGGUCUUGUAGAGACGAAGAGGUCUGAGAAGAGGCGAAGCAGCAUUUAAUGAUUCGCCAUCACUUUCCAAAUCAUAACUUCUAACUUCUUAUGUCCAAUCAUUACACAAAGCUUUAAUGUCAAACCCUAACCUAACCUAAUCCUAACCCCAGUUCUAGGAACCUUUCCCGCCCCCAAAAAAUAUUUACUGGACAGAUAAAGACAAUACAGAGAUAAGUUUAGUAAUCUUACACUGGCAUAAGCCCAAAUGUUUCACAUUACAUAAAAACUGUAAGUGGGAAAGUAUGUCCUAUCAUUUUGUCUUUAUAUCAUCUGACAAGCAGUGAUUUGACAUUAUAGUUACCCUGUAACUGCUAUUGAAGCAUUUACUGGAGUGAGAUGUGCAACACAGGGAACUAAAAAUUUUUUACCUCUUCUGAUCUUCAGGGCAAAUGAUUGCCCUGCAUACACAUAUCCACCAUGCAUAAUUUUCCGAUGAUUCUCUUCACACACAUGCACGAACUUUCUGUACAUCAGGAGCAGAGGGACAUAUGAAAUGUGGAUAAGAAGCUCCAGAAUUCAUGCUGAUUUGAUUAAAACAAAUAUAAAAAUGGGUUUUAGAAUAAUCUUAAAUAAUUACUCUCGAUAUUAUUUGUAUUGCACCACCUUCAAAGAAAGAAAAUAAAUAAAUACAUAGCUUUAUAAAGUUUUGGUAGCUACUUCACUGGUUGAGGGAUUGUUUCCUUCCAUCUCAGUUGUCAAGGCGAAAAUUAAAUUAAGGCAAUUGUGCAUUAAAACUAACCAUCUAAUCUAACAUAUUGCGGUGGUUCGUCUGUUUUACUGUACUGCAAGAGAAUUGGAUACACUUUUAUAAUUCUUUUCUAUUGGUAUGUUAAUUUAUUGCCAUGCUUUGUUGUAUUUUUUAUCUUUAUCAAACGUUCACUGACUUUGGUGCAUACUACUUAGGUACUUAUAAUUCAUAAUAUUCUCAAAAUGCUGUUUCUUAUUUGCGGUCGAUGCAAAACAAAAAAUGUCAAAUUUAUUUUAAAUAAAUAGCCAAUAGCCCACCAAAGUGACAGUCCCAUUUAAUAUCAAAAUCACUUGAGCCUUAGAUGCACUUUUAUUAUUAAUUCCGGGGCUGCAUGAAAACUCAAAAAAAAAAUCACUUAUGAGUAGUUAAAUUCACAGUGAGUUCAAAGACCCAACUCUUUGUAUUGGAAAGCUAUUUAACACAUAUAAAUUAAGAAAGAAAUUAGGUAAUGGAUUAACUACAACCUGGGUUCUUAACCAGUGGUACGUGCACGCCAGCUCGUAGAGUAGGCACCUUUUUACUAGGAAGGUGCUGUGUCCAGAUCGGAGAAUGAAGAGGGCAGCGAGAAAGCGCUGAUGCCUGUGCUCUUCCAUCACUGCUCCCUUGCGCCCUGUAGGGAUGCCGGGAGACCGUUACAACAUCACUCCAGCCCCAGCAUCACUAAACAGCAUGCAAGGGAGCAGCAGCCACACUAAUCAGGGAGAUAAUCACUAGUCUUUAAGGAAAGAAUCACCACUGAACCCAAGAGAAAGGAUCCACUUCAGCUCUUCCAAAGGUAGGAAGGCUGGGUGGACUUAAAUAAAAAUAAUACGUAAAUAAAAAUAGGUGUGAGCAUGUGUGGAAGAAUGUUUAUGUGUCUGUCAGUGAGUGUGUAUGUCACUGUGUGACAAAUCAGUGAGCCUGUCUUUGAAUGAGUGUGUGUAUCUGUCAGCUAAUUUGUGUGUCAGGUGUCUGUCAGUGUAUGUCAAAUCAGUGAGUGUGUCUGUGUCAAUUUCCUCUGUGUUUAAUUGUGUGUCGGUGUCCUCUGUGUGUUACAGUGUGUUUGGCAUCGUUCUCUGUGUGUAAUUGUGUGUUCCAGUGUCCUCUGUAGAACUAUUAUGUGUGUGUGCCAGUGUCCUCUGUGUGUAAACGAUCAACCUUGCAUUAUAUUUUCAUUUUGAGACUUUAAUACUUCAGAUUAAUAGUUCAGACACUCCUCCUUACAUAGACAAUAUGCGCAUCAUUUAAGGUAAAAAUUAUUUUUGAAAAUAUUCUUUACUACCUUUAAUAAGGAUUGAUCUCUAUUUUGGGAUUAAUUUAAAUAUCAGUGUCUACAAGUUUCAUUUGGAAUUAAAAUCAAUAGAAAUUACUUUCACGAGACAGGGGUACUUAAAAGAAAAGUUUCUAGACCAGCAUGAGUACUUCUCCAUAAAAAGUUAAGCAGCAUGGAACUAAAAGGUCAGAUUGGCAUUUUAGGUGCUGACAUGAAAAAUAUAUAUCUCUGCAAAACACAAACAUAGUUUUUUUUGUUUUUUGUUUUUUAUCCCCUUAAGAACACAACUUCUGGAAUAAAAGGGAAUCAUGACGGAAUAUUUCCGUCAUGUGUCCUUAAGGGGUUAAACCCUGCAUUUUGGGUUUUUUUAUUACAAAAAUUUUUUUUUGCUGUUUUCCUGAUGGAUUAUGACAUCGAUUUUGUUUUGUUUAUUCUACAGGCUUUGGAGUCCUCUGUACUUUUGGUAACACUAACUUGUUCUGAAGAAGGAUUCCCCACGGUAACAAAACAACACAGUUUUACAUUAAUGAACACUGGUACAUGCAAUAUUACAAAUCAAGCACAUUCACAGCUAUAAUACAACAAUAAAAGUGCAUGAUGAAAUUUUCAAAGUGUUGCCGAAUAAUCAAUAUCGAUAUUAUUGUCACCAUUUAUCACUUUUGAGAAUGUUUUUUCUUUUGAAACACUCUUUGCUUAUUGCAUUCCAUUUUUUGCCCCAGAGAAACUAUAUUUUCUGGUGUUCAUUUAAACCACUUUUAUGUUACGUAAGAGAGAGACAGAAUACUUGUAGAACAUUGGCCAAAUAGUCUUAGUUAGUAGGAUACAAUUGUGGAAGAGGAAAAAUCUAUUGGAAUAUACAAAGAAGAAAAAAGGCAAAAUUCUACCUUUAAAACACCUUGAUAAAUUAGAACAGGUAUUUUUAAACCCCACUCCUCCCCAAAUUUUUUUUAAAAAGACAUGACACAGAGCACUUGAUUCCCCACCACCGUUUCUGCAUUGUUUUAUAUUACAUUUAUGAAAUGGGGUAAUACAAAUAAUAACGCACCAAUGAUCACAAAUUUAAACAGCUAAUAACUUUAACUAGUAAUUCCUCUUCACUUAGCCUUGUAUCUACAUUCUCCAGGUCCAUUACCGGAUCAUUGUACAAAUUCUGAAUGAAAACGACAAUAAGCCACAUUUUUGGGAUGAGUCAGUAAUGGCACAGAACAUCAGUGAAGUACGUAUAAAGUAUGGUAAAUAUGGAACUCAUGCAACAUUUGACUAAUACAGUGAUGGCUAAUCUUGUUACCUUGCAUGUUCUGAACUAUAUGUCCAUGACUGCUGACCCCGGACCAAAACUCCCACCACCUGUUGCCCAAUAAAUACACAACACCUUCUGUAUGGGUAAGGGCAACGGCCACAGCUUUAUUAACAGAAUUAACAUCGAUUAUAACCAGCGUCCACAACCUGUCAGCUGUUGGGGGAUUACCAACAGACAGCUCUAUCAAAUGACCCACAAGUCCAAUGCAGCCUGCCCCCACCAUCAGCUCUCAGCAGGCUGCGACUCCCCAAGCCGCUUGGGCACUUUCUUCCACACCUCUUCGCUGGCCAGGACUACCGCGAGCUGUGACAAAACAAAGAAACAACAGCACACAACCAACAACAACACCAUCAUAAACACUCUUUUUGGGUUACCUUACAUGUUCUGAACUAUAUUUCCAUUAUGCUCAGUCAUCCUUAAGGCUGGAUGAACAUCAUGAGAAAUGUAGUUCAGAAAAGCAUGUGCAUAAGUCUAAUAUGAACCAUGCAUUUUAUUAAUGUUCAGCAUUAUAUUCUGUUCACUACAUAAUAGUUACCCAAUCAUGAAGGCAUAAAUUUAAAGUGGUUCGUUAACAGGAGCUUAUUCUAAAAAGAACCCUUUUUUUAACGAAUUGUAAAAAGAAUAUCAACAGAAUUCUUUUUAGCUAAAGAAAUAGGUGUAAAAGAUUUAGAAACCACUUGAGAGGAAAUAAAAAUAUUCCAACUUCCCAAUUUCCAAAAGGUACUUCACGUGAUACCAGCAUAGAAACAUGAAAAGGGAAGAAACACAAAAACAACACACUCCAGUGUUAUGUAACAGAUAUAUCUCUUCCUCCUCUCUCUUGCCCUGUUUCAGAGAGUACUGGAUUUGUCUUUUGCAUUAAUUACUAUAAUGCAGGCAGCAUGGGAUCUUGGUCAUGAGCCAUGAUCUACAGGCAGCUUGUAGUUUUAAAUAUAUUUCUUUGUUAUUAAUAACAUGUUUGAUUCACCUAGAACCCAAUUUCCUGACAAUGACACACGUACGGAGUUAAAACACUGAUCAUUUAAUGAGGAACAUUCCUGUACUUGAUAUCUGAUCAUGGCAUCUCCACAUGAGCACUCAGUGGGAAACAUGCACAUGUACAACUACAACCACAUACAUUACAAAGAAAGAAUUACAGUUAAUUGAUCCUCUGCAAUGUCUUACAUUUUGCUUUUAACUGUAUUAAACCCAAAGUUUCCCUAUUUGUCUUUUUAUCACAAUCAAUUAUUUUGACAAUUACCAUGUUAUUGUCUUUCCUCGUAUCUCAUCAAAUACCUUGUGUCUUGUAAACAACAUUUUACUUUCUAAAUAAUUGUUACGUAAAAUGCUGUCUUCCUCUCUCUGUGUUAUGUAGAACACUCUGCAGGGUGCUCUCUCUAUUUGUAUUUUAAUGACAAUGACACUGCAUUCCAAUUUCUCUUCACACUAUCUGUCUCUCCAGCUAGCAGAGGUGGACUCUGUGGUUUUCACAGCUCAAGCUCUGGAUCGAGAUGGAGAUACCUUGAUGUAUGUGAUAGACCAAUCCAUGGUGAGUGUCUUUUAAGUUUCCACCUCUUCUACAUGAGCAAACAAGUGGCAUCCAGACAACCUGCUACAAAUCUCCCCAUAGUCAUGGAUCAACAUGCUCCAGACACAGCGUGCUGACCUUGUACAUGCCUAUAUUUCUAAUAAGACUUUAAUAGUUAUUUUUCUGUUCUGUAAAUUGAAUGGGGGAUCAUGCUAAUGUUGUAAUGCAAACACUGUAUGUAAUGUUAUCAUUUUGGCACCUCCUAAAUUAGAACUGGUGGUUUCUCCCAGUGGUAUAGUAUGGGGUCGACCAGAGGGGCAGUUGCACUGGGUGUAAAACUCCAAGGGGCACAACAUUUCGAAAGAAAUUAAAGUAAUAAUAAUAAUAAUAAUAACAACAACAAAGUAUUUAACCAGGAAAAGCACAUUCAGAUUACUCUGGUUUUCAAGUACAUCCUGGGGAUACUAAUUUACCCAACAUCCAGGGGUUCUUACUAUUACCCAAAUUAGCGCGCCCUCCACCUUACACAGAAAAUUUCCCAAUGUUUGAACAUUCUACACAGUUCUUCAACAUGACGGGUCAAAUAUACAUUGCCAUGUAACAUGUUACAGUAUUUUCCUGAUAAUUCCAGCCAUACUGUCCCUCAUGUAAUCAUUAUUGGCAAAUUACAUAAUGCCCAUUAAUAGUGUGAUUUUCUGUUUGAAUAAAUCACGCUAUUAGUAGGCUUCAUGUAAAUGCCUAGUUAAUGGUAGCAGAUGCUUAAAUAAACUAUAAGCAUUAGUUUAGGGGGCAUAAUACUUACCUUGCCCCAGGUGAUGGCAACCUACGCUACUCCACUCGUACCUCCAUCCCAUAAUGCCUAGCAAAUAACCCUGUGUUAAGCACUGUGACUCCCCAAGUUUAAGAUAAUGGCAGGAAACAAAUGUAUAUGCAUCUUUCUUACCAGCCAUAAUUGUAGUUCUUACACUAAUGCCAGGGAUGUCCAACAACUUGCUGUAGAGAGUCAUGUCUCACUUCAAAGUACAAAAAAGGCUAUACAUACCAACCUAGUGGCAGAACUAAUGUAGAGAGGGCCCUGGAGCAGGAAAAAAUUUUGGCCCUCUACUAGUGCAAGAAAGGUCUACCUGACUGCCUCACUUAAUAUUUUUGCUCAGUAUUUACAGAUGAAAAUGAAGGAAAGGGGCCUCAGUUAGGAAAAAGGACAAGUGAGUCAUUUGUUACAUGUGAGUUUACAGAGAAAGGAGUUCUAUUUUAACUGUCAAAAGUAAAGCCAAAUAAGUCAAUGGGACCUGAUGGAAUACACCCAAAGUUAUUAAAAUAGCUUAGUGGUGUACUAGUAAAACCAUUAACAGAUUUAUUUAACCAAUCAUUGUUAACAGGAGUAGUCCCAGAAGAUUGGAAGUUAGCUAAUGUUGUGCCCAUUCACAAGAAAGGUAGUAGGGAGGAGUCGGGCAACUAUAGGCCAGUAAGCCUUACUUCAGUAGUGAGGAAAGUAAUGGAAACCAUGUUAAAGGAUAGGAUUGUUAAACAUCUAAAAUCAAGAUUUCAAGAACAGAGACAACAUGGGUUUACUUAAGGGAGAUCAUGCCAAACUAAUCUUAUUGAUUUUUUUGAUUGGGUAACUAAAAUAAUAGAUCAGGUUGGUGCAGUAGACAUUGCUUACCUAGAUUUCAGUAAGGCUUUUGACACUGUUGCACAUAUAAGGCUUAUCAAUAAACUGCAAUCUUUAAGUUUGGAUUCCAAUAUUGUUGAAUGGGUAAGGAAGUGGCUGAAUGACAGGCAACAGAGGGUUGUAGUCAACGGAGUAUAUUCGAAGCAUGGGCUUGUCACCAGUGAGGUACCUCAGGGAUCUGUACUUGGACCCAUUCUCUUUAAUAUUUUUAUUAGUGAUAUUGCAGAAGGUCUUGAUGGUAACGUAUGUCUUUUUGCGGAUGAUACUAAGAUAGGUAACAUGGUUGAUGUUCCAGGAGGGAUAAGCCAAAUGGCAAAUGAUUUAGGUAAACUAGAAAAAUGGUCAGAGAUGUGGCAACUGACAUUUAAUAUGGAUAAGUGCAAGAUAAUGCAUCUUGGACAUAAAAACCUAAGGGCAGAUGAGAGAAUAUUUGAUAGAGUUCUAAUGUCAACAUCUGAGGAAAGGGAUUUAGGGGUGAUUAUUUCUGAUGACUUAAAGGUAGGAAGACAAUGUAAUAGAACACCAGGAAAUGCUAGCUGAAUGCUUGGUUGUAUAGGGAGAGGUAUUAGCAGUAGAAAGAGGGAAGUACUCAUACCAUUGUACAGAACACUGGUGAGACCUCACUUGGAGUAUUGUACACAGUACUGGAGAUCGUAUCUCCAGAAGGAUAUUAAUACUUUAGAGAGAGUGUUCAGAGAAGGGCUACUUAACUGGUUCAUGGAUUGCAGGAUAAAACUUACAAGUAAAGGUUAAAGGAUCUUAACAUGUAUAGCUUGGAGGAAAGACGAGACAGGGGGGAUAUGAUAGAAACAUUUAAAUACAUAAAGGGAAUCAACACAGUAAAGGAGGAGACUAUAUUUAAAAGAAGAAAAACUACCACAACAAGAGGACAUAGUCUUAAAUUAGAGGGACAAAGGUUUAAAAAUAAUAUCAGGAAGUAUUACUUUACUGAGUUGGUAGUGGAUGCAUGGAAUAGCCUUCCAUCUGAAGUGGUAGAGGUUAACACAGUAAAGGAGUUUAAGCUUUCGUGGGAUAGGCAUAAGGCUAUCCUAACUAUAAGAUAAGGCCAGGGACCAAUAAAAGUAUUUAGAAAAUUGGGCAGACUAGAUGGGCCGAAUGGUUCUUAUCUGCCAUCACAUUCUAUGUAUGUGUCUGUGAGUGUCAGUAUGAUUGUCAGUGUAUGUAUCUGUGUGUUAGUAUGUCUGUCAAUGUAUGUGUUUGUGUGUCAGUAUGUCAGACAGUAUAUGUAUGUGUGUGUGUGUGUGUGUAUGUGAAUAUAGUCAAUGUGUUUAACUGUAUGUAGUCAGUGUGUGUAUUUGUACGUAGUCCAUGUGUGUAUCUGUGAAUCUGCAUGUGUGUCAGUGUGUGUAUCUGUUUGAGUAUCUGCAUGUAUGUCAGUGUGUGUAUCUGUUUGUCUGUAUCUACAUCAGUAUGUGUGUCUGUGUGUAUAUCUGUGUAUCUGCAUGUGUUUCAGUGUGUAUAUCUGUGUAUCUGCAUGUGUAUCACAGUGUGUGUGUGGCAGUGUAUGUGUACAUGUAUCUACAUCUCAGCAUUCAAACGUCAACACUACACACAAAUACACCCCUGCAUUCAAACAUCAACACUACAUACAAACACACCUCUGUGUUAAACACCAAAAUUAUAUAUAAACAACUCUGCAUUCAAAAACCAACACUACACAUAAAUGCAUGCUUGCAUUCAAACGCCAAUACUGCAUUCAAAAGUCAACACCACAUACACACACCCCUACAUUCACACAAACAUACUCCAUAGAAAACAUGCUUACAUUCACACACACAGACACUUCUCAGUGCUACAUACAACCCUGCAAGCAUGGGAAACUGGUAUUGCACCAGGGCCCUUUCUACUUUAGUUCUGCCACUGCGUUGGGGUGGAGGGCUUGAUUGCAUGCAGGGCAGAACUAAAGUAGGGGACCGAUCAAUCUUAAAGACGGCCCUGCUCAUAUUGACCCAUAGCUUAUUACUAGCAAUGACCAGCCACCACAUGAUUAACCCUUAUACCACCUAGGGUUAUCUAACUGCCUGCCCGCUGGUUGCUAGCCCUGCUAGUGGGCAAAUAAUACAUAAAGUCCUCUUUCACUUGCAAAAAGAAAGUAAACAGCAAUUUGUGAAUUUGCAUCCUGCUGGAUUCAGUCCACAGACACACAUGCUCACUACAGACAAGCUCACUGACACACAUAAAGACAAGCUCACUUACUAGCAGACACACACACAAUCACUUUCAUGGUCUGAAGCUGACCUGGCACUGGGAGGUGAAGUUGUCAUUCUCUUGCCUCUUCCUACCGGCGUUAAAUGACACAUAUACCUUAAUUUCUAGAGGAUGGAAAGUAUGAUGCUUAAAGCGGUGUAGCUGACACAUCCCAAUUGCAAUUCUAAAAAUGCAUUUAUUUGGGGGAGGUGAGAGUGUUAUUGGUAUUGCUAGUGAAAUAUGGCUAAUUCGAUUAUUUUGCCCUGAAGUAUAUGUGAUGUAUCUAAUUGGAAUUUCAGGGGGAUUACAAGUAUUUCCAUAUGGAUCUUCCAUAUAAUGGCAAGGUUCUACUUUCUCGGCCUCUAGACUACGAAAGCAAACAGGAACUGGAGAUUGUCAUUUAUGCUGUGGUGAGUGAGUUUAUGUUUUAAUAGACCAGGACACAAAUCUAAACAAAGGCUGUAUUGCCAUCACCUAAAAAAGGACAUUUAGUUAUGUAUUUAUCUUCACUUGUCAUCAUAAUUGAAAGAGAAGGAACAAGUACAUUGCUAACUUAAAAAUACACAUGUACUAGAAGAAUUGUCUGGUAAGAUACUAUUCACAAAAGAAUAGUAUAAAGAAAGCCCAAUAUAUAUAUUGCAUGUUAAAAACACAGAAAUGAAUAUUAGAAUUACAGAUAAAAGUUAACUGGUACAUCUAGACUAUCUUUUUCAGCUCUUCAGAAGUAAUUUCCUCUGACACUUAUGCAGACAAAUCAUACCUCUUGAAGUUACCACUAAAUUUCCUUUCAGGUUAUGUCUCUUUAAUCUCUUUAUACAGAAAGAAAUAAUGAAAGGAACACUCUUGUCCUAUAUUAAUAUUUACAUUAUUUCACAAGGCUACCUAGUGUCAACAUAUUCCACUUCAGUGUUUUAUCUGACACAAAGACUUAUGAAAGCUUAGAUGCCUUAUAUGAUAGCUUCUCUGCAUCUUUUCUGGAGCUGGAGGACUGUGACAUUAUCUGACACACAACACUUUUUACAAUCCUUCCCAUUCCUUUUUAUUGGAUUUGGUGGUCACAGAGUGAUGUCUAAUUAAGGCAAGACUCUUGGGUUUUAAUUACCCUCCUAUAAUUGUUUCUGACAUGAUCCUGUCAGUCACCCAUCUUAAUUAAACCCUCCCCUGAAGCCUUACUAACUGAUCUCUAAUGAUGUGUGUGCCAGCUGUUCAUUCCAGACUAAAUACUGACCAUUACAAAUGUCCAAUUGGCAAGACUAAGUCAGUUCGCUAGAUUGUUGAGUGGAAACCUGUAAAUGUGCUACAAUGCAGACUAUGCUGGCAUUAACCUACCCAUCUGUGAAAGCCACAGACAGAACUUUAAAACACUUUAUAAAAUAUACCAUAUAAAAUAAAAAGUAAACAACAUCAUACUCAAAUCUUCCUAGAGAGAGGGGAUAUCAAACUGGAAAGGGGAUUCAUUAUUUACUGUGCAUGUUUGAUCACAUUGAUGGAUACUUGAAGUAGAACAAGACAGGGAUAACUUACCAAAGUCACAAAAUUAUGUUUUACUCUGGUCACAUCUCAAUUCAAAGUGUCCUUUUCUUUUUUUCUUUGUAAUUGUAGCACUGAGUAUGUGAUUGUUGUUUUAGACAUAUGUGUGCUUGUUCUGCUUAAAGGAACACUAUAGCUUUAGGAAUACAAACCUGUAUUCCUAAUGCUAUAAUGUUCCUGUCCCUACGUUUGUAGCCCCUACUGUUAAAGGAUUAAAAAAACAUUUUUUUUAAACCUUAACUCUUUCCAGCCCCCAAGGCUUCCUCAGAUCUGGCUAGGCAACCUCUCAUGCAACGUCAUGACCAUGGUGGUACAUAAUUCACAUGUGCGUGAGGGAAGUGAACACAUUCAAGCUUCCUGAUAGGAAAGAAUUGAAUCAGUGCUUUUCUAGGGAGAACAUAGAAAAUGUUAGAUGUCCUCAUACGAAGCUUGAGGAUGUCCAACAUCUUAUAGGGGAGUAAACAUCUGCUAUGAAUCCAAAAGCAGCUCUAGUAGUGGUCAUGGAGACAGCCUCCAGAGGUGGAGUUAACUCUGCAAGGUAAGCGUUGCUUUUUCUCAGAAACGGUUUUACAUUGCAGGGUUCAACAGAAACAGGCACUGCAUCCAGACCACUUCAAUGAGACAAGUGGUCUGGGUGCCUAUCAUGUCCCUUUAAUAAUCAAUAGUUAAUACAGUACUACAUUUACAUUGGCAAACUCCCUUCAUGUCUCAGAUGCAGAUUAAAUGAAUAUCAAAAAUCACUGAGUACAUUUAUCACUUCAACUUGUUCUUAAAGUGAACUGGCCAUGACAAAUACAGGUUUGCAGUUUUCUAACCAUCCAGCUUGACUUGUGUUAUACAAUUAAGUGUCUUUUCCCUUAAUACUAUUAAUGAUUCCAAUAAUGAGUUAUUUCCAUUACUCAUGUCAUGUUUUCAGUGGGUGUUACACUUGCUGUAAGACAUUUCUCUCCUGCAAACCACUGUUUGGAAAACACAACACUUUAUAUUUGCUUUGUAUAAAUAAAACAUACCUGUAUUCUCUCUCUCUCUGUUCUCUGAUUGCCUGUUCAAAGCUGCUGCAAUAAAUCAUUCUAGCUCUUUCUUCAUGUCUCACACAGAGCCUGCCCCUCAUCCCUACUUCCCCUUACAGACAUUGCUUUCUCUUAGGUUGAAUUCAACCAGGAUUGAUGACAAAAAGGAGGGUUUAUCUGCUAACAGACAUGCAGAGCACAGCCGUCUUUUCUCUGUGCUGAUCAGUACAGGUUCGACCCAGAACUGGUUUUAACCUCUGAUCUUAGAGAUAUGUUGACAAUUCUUCUAGCAUAAUGUAUAGACAAAAUGUGUUUCUCUAUCAUUUGGAUUAAGUUGCAUUUGUCAGGUACCCUUUAAUCUUUAUUGACAAGGAUAAAAUAUUAUUGGCUUCAAUUUUUAAUAGAAUUAGUAAAACCCAUUUUUUCAGUUGUUCUAUAAUACUUACUGACAUAAAUUCAGCAAAAUUAGUUUACUACAAUCUUCAGGAGGUAUGGGGGUCUCCAUUCCAUGUAUAGUGUUUGAUUUCCGAGGCUGUAAUAUCAACGUGAUAUCACUGAAACUAGCAUGGGGUAUAGACUAAGGAGUUAUAAUCUACUGCUGUAAACCAAGAAUUGUAGUAUGAUGGCAGUCAGUCUUGAAAUGUAUAUGAACAAGAAAACCUGAGAAAUAAUAACUGAGAAAUUAUCAGUAAUUUUUUCCUAUAUUGUGCAGUAGGUUUGUGUUUGAAAACAAAGUCAAACUACUACUGUAUUUGAUUUGCACUGGUUUUUGUUCGUGGUUCCAACCUUGUGUCCAGAUUAGUAGUAUUAUUUGUUGUUGUUUUUUUUUUUGUUUUUUUUAAGUGACUUUUGUCUUUCACAUUUUUGGCUCUGAGAUUCUUAAGCAUGGCUCAUAUCACAGACUAUAUUUGUAUUACUAUAAUAUAGUGCACAUUUAUUUCAUGCAAUUGACUGCUUUUACACAGUUUGGGAAUAAAUAGCAGCAAUUUAUACCACCAUAUUUAAUGUAUUAAAUAGUUAAUACAUUUAGCCAUUAGCAUCUCUACUGCAACUUCCAGUAAUGACACUUAUCUGUAAUCUUCUGUAAUAGUAUUUCCCAUAAACCAUUGUCCUGGGAUAGUCACAGGUCUUGACAGGGUCAGGUUGGGGCUUUUCUAUCACCCUUCAACUCACGGAUUAGCAGCUUGAGCUUACAACAUGCUCUUUGGUGGUAUUAUAAGAGAUACAAACUAAUACCCAGUUGUAGAAUAUAAUAGCAAUACUGACCAAUGAGCACUCCUCACAGAAAUAGAAGAUAAUGAGCAUGGCAGAGAAAUUCUAUUCAUUAUACCGUGAGUGCAGAUCAAGGAAACGGUCUCUCUAGGGGUGAUAGAAAUAGAGUCGACUUUUUUGUGUAUUAUAUAUUGCUCCUACUUUUGGGCCAACUUCAAAUAACUAAUUCAGGAAUACUAUGUAUGCAUGUUUUAUCAUAUUUAAUAAAAACAUAAUUUUAUAAGGAAUCAUGCUGAUAUUUAUAUGGCUAAGGUCACUGAUCCUAUUACAUCGAAAAAGCCUACAAAUUUAGGAUGUGGAAGAUAAUGCAAGUGUGGAACAUUGAAACUAUGGAGUGGCGUAAAACAGUAACAUAGCAAAAUACUAUCAUCAUCAAUAACUUUGCUAAAUACAGUCUAUGCCACAAACCAAGGUAGGUUGGUGAAGUACUUACCAGGGCUGCAGUAGGAGUAAGAUACUGAAACAGAGGAAAGUCAAACACAGUUACAGUAUCCAGAUAUUCCCAUGUUAUUCUACAGCUCUGAACAAUGGGUAGACAGGCACGGCAAAAGACAGUUUGUGAUAAAAUUAUUUGCAAUGACGGUCCUUUGCAAAGAAACGUGCGCAUGAAUUCCCUUGGACUUUGACAGUUUUUGUGAUAAUGGUGUUUUUCCCACAUUAUAAAUGGGUGAUCUUAUACAUAUCCCACAGGAAAUGACCACCAGAGAGCGCCAGAGAACAUCAGCAAGAGUUCGAGUGUUUGUACUGGAUGGAGAUGACCAGUAUCCACAGUUUCUUCCAUGUCGAUACAUGUCACAUGAUGGUCUUAACGUCUGUGUCAGCCCUACAUAUACGGUUAAUAUAACUGAAGGGGAGGAACAGGUGGGUGCUAUGUUUACCAACACAGAUUGGAUGUCACUUUCUGUGUCGGCAGAGUACAUAUUAUCAGAGUGGCAGUAAAACUUUUUAAUCCGUUAAGGACAAAGGCAAUUUCUGAACCAAAACAAAGCCUAGAAUUAGUGCCAUUAGUUUGUUUCACCAUAAUUUAAGAGGAUCUCUUAAAUUGCAUCCAUAAAUAUUAUAUAUUGUUUCUUAAAGAAAAGAUAUGGAUUUAUUUUACUAUCCUAUAUUUAUACAUAUCUAAACAAUAAGUAUGGAUAAAAUGUUAAAAAUUUUAAAAAAUAUUGUUUUUCACAGUUUGUUUUAAGCUAAUUUUAACACAUUAAGUGCAACUAAAGAAAAAUGAAUUGACAUAUCAGUCCUAACCAUUAAUUUCUCAUAUGUAUGGGAUCUAAAAAAAAAAAUGUAGGCUUUGAGUGCUUAAAUUUGGGAAUAAUGAAAGGGUUUCUUUAGGUUUUAAGGGGCUUCAAUUUAGGGUUAGUGAAAAGGAUGCUUAGGACAUGUGGAGUUUGAAAGGAUAUUUGCAUAGUAAUCGCCCUCCUAUGUCUUCUGUAGUCUAGUCAGCCUUCUUUGAUUGAUUGCUGAGCUGCAGUACCUUUUACAUAGUGUGCAGCAGUCAGCGCUAUCCUAUGAUAUACAGUGUGCAUCAAUCAUUGAUGUUCCUGCACUUCCUGUGUAAGAGGCUGUUAGUGGACAGGAAAUUAUCUCUUCCACUUCUUGUCUAGCCUCACACACAGACACUGAAGGCACUAGGACGGCCUCUAAGAAAAAUCCUGCAGUUCUACUUUCAAGCAUAGAAAGAUGGUGGGGCUAUAGAGGACACUUGCUCGGGCUCCUGGUAGUUAUCUCCCCACUUAAGCUCCAAAAAGGCACAUUAUAAGUGCUGAAAACAGGCGCCCCCUAGAGAACAUGCACCUGUAGGCAGGUGCGUACUCCAUCUAAUGAGGAAUAUGGCCAUUAACCAUUGCCUUACCCCAAUACUGGAACACGUGAGUGAUUCUUUAUAUUUUUACAAUUUACAAGCAUGCAGCACUAUAUAUAUUUUAUCCUCCACAGCACGACAUGCGAUGUCUUAAUGUCCUUAAAGGGUUACAACUAGCCUCAACAUGUACUUGUAUCUUGUUAAAAAUAUAUACUGGGUGUAUCUCACUAAUCUCUGUACGGUCAGACAGGGCCUAUAAUAUUCUCCCCGGGCCCCAUCUUUGCUGAGGAUGGUGACAGAGGAAUAAUGGCUCCAAUCUCAUACUCCUUUCUUUCAGGUAAGAUAAUUAAUUUAGAAUGCAAUGCAUAUUUUUUUCAAAAAUAUAUAUCAGUCAUAGUUUUGGAAUAAGCUCAAUCUAUUCGACUACCACUCUGUAUUACAUUUUUCAAAAAUGAUCUGUAGGCAGAGAAUAUUCAGGAAUUUUCACGUUCCUUUGGAGGGGGAAUAAGAAAACCAGGAAGGACGUAUCUCUUUACAAUGUAAAUAAACAGUGUUCCACACUCAAUUUAAAAGAAACAUUUAUAUAUAAAUCAAGAGCAUAUGUGAUGUACUUUGAAAAAGUCAAAGUAAUCAGCUAAUUACAGUGCAGUAAAGUAACAAGUUCACCAGCAAAAUGCACGCAAGGGAGAGACGUACAGUAGAAUUGCAGUAAAUUACUCCAAGUUUACAAUUGUAUUGUAAACACUAUGCAAUAUCUAUGUCUAAGCCCUUCUUUGGGUAUGUAUCUGUAUGUCAGAGUUCUAAACUAUUGCCCCCUAUUGAACUAAUGGAAAGCAAGUAUGACAAUGUGUUUUUUUUUUCUUUCAAAUGUUCUACUAUGACUUUCUUUUCCCACUUACAACUAUUCAGGUCCUGACAGUGACAGAUUUUCCAUAGACAAUGUGACAGGAGUUGUUUUCCUGAUACAUACUCUGGAGAGGAGACAAAAUGCCUCUAUCCUCAGCCUGAAGGUUAUGGUUGGUAUUCACAAUGAUCAAAUCAGUAGCUGCUGGCUGUUUGUGAUAUAUGUAUAUCUCAUGAGUUUCUAACAAUCUUUUUUUUUUUUAGUACUACUCUAAACAAAACAAACUAAUUAUGCAUGCAUAUAAAUUCACUUACGAUAUUAAUAAUAGUAUUAUAGUAGUAUUUUUAGAAUUCAUACAUAGUGAAACAACAAAUACACACAGGUCUGCCGCCAGCGGGUGACAACCAUGACAGUUGUCACGGGUCUGGCGGUACUGGGGGGCCCCCCAUUCCCAAUGUGCACACAUAUACGUAGCUAUUAUCACUAUAUAUGUGCCUUGGCAGCGGUGGAACUACCUCCGGUGCAGUCGAUGUGGCUGCAUCGGGGGCCCGCAUGCUUUCUAAACCAAAUCUUUUAAUGGUUUACCCUACACUCAAACCCAGGGCAAACAACAGCAAACAUGAUAGCAACUUAGUAUUGGUCAGGCCGAAUGGGACAUUUUAAGCACCAAAAUAACAUUUAUGGAGUGGCUUUAGUAUAGAUUAUGCCCCUUCAGUCACACUCCUCAAUAACGUGCUAAUUAGGAGUUAAAUCACUUUGUUUCAGAAAAACAAACUUGCACAGUCUGUAGCUCUAGCCAGUGGCACACCACCCCGGUAUGUGACUCUCAAAGCCCAUCUAGAUACUUCCUGAAAAGGAGUCUAAAUUUGAAUUUAGAAUUCCUUAUCUCGUGCUAUGUGAAUUAUCUACUGGAGCCUGCAACAGUGUCCUGUGCAUGAUUAAAGUGCAAAUAACAGAGAAAGAGAUAAAAGCUUCUAAAGUAAACAUACUGUAUAAUAAGGUAAAAUUGUAAUUCUUCAUUCAUGGAGCCUGUGUGUCACAGCCAGAAAAGAUAUGGCUAGGGCUGCAUAAACAAAGUGAUUUAAUUCAUAAAUGGCAGACAAUUAAGCAGUGGGACUGCAGGACCAUCAACUAUAGAACUUUAUUAAGCUAAAUUUGUGGUGCUUAGAGUGUUCCUUUAAUGUAUAAAUGAAAGAGAAUCAGUCUGCAAGCAGACAGAGAACAAACUGGUCCAGACAAAAGUUCUAUAGGAGAGUGUCAUAAGUGACCAAAAUGAUGCCAGCUGCUUUGAUUCCCAAAAUAAAAAUUUAGCAAGUCAGAAUGACUGCAAUAAGCCACCAGAGUAGAGCAGACCACAUCUGAAAGGACACCAGAAUGACACACGACACCAUGCAACUGAAGUUCAAUGAAAAAGCAUGUGACGAUGUUUUGGUCACCCAUUGUGACCUUUGUCAAAAAAUUUCCUGACUUGACAAAGAGCACACAGUGUGACCAAAACCUUGUUACUAAGUUUAAAAAAUAUAUAUAUGUUAAUAUACGGUAAAGGUUCAGGUAAAUAUACUGUAAAAACUUUGACCUUAUUUAAUUUAGAGCAGCAAUGAACCUAAUUUGAAAGGACACUUCAGCUAAAAAACAUUGUUUUAAUAAAAGUUACCCUUUAAUCAUUAUGAUGGUUAUGAAAGCUCAGAGCAGGAAAUUAAUUUCAUCAAACUUACCCCAUUAUGAAAAAGAAAUCUAUACGUAUUUUGUGAUAAAUGUAUUUCCAGGUGAGUAGAAUUCAUUGUUGCGUUCCUUAAUUCAGUAUUACUAUUUAAUGUUGAUUCCCUCUUUUGGAGUUGUGUGCAUUCUUGUUGUAGUGAUUCUUUCCAUUUAUUUAUAGAAAAUUGUGAUCCUAAUCAUGAUUGUAAUAUAACAUUGCUUACAUUACAGGCUUCACAGGUUGGUGAUCCCCGAAAAUUUUCCUUGGCUGAAGUAGUGGUGCGAAUUUUGGCAGUCAACAAGCAUGCCCCACGUUUUGGUUUUGCCCAAUACCAAGCCUUUGUGCAGGAAGAUCAUAGUCCUGUGGCCCUUGUCAGCACUUACAAUGGCCGAGUGCUCUCACUAAUGCCUUUUGAUGGAGAUUUCCCAGAUGUAAGAAAUGUAUUUUUAUAAUUAUUAAUAUUUAUAAAGUGCAAAAAAAUUCUGCAACGCUGUACAAUGGGUGGAAUAAUAGAAAAGUAUUUGUAACCACACCAGUUGAAUGCAUAGGAACAGACAGGGUUGAGAGCCCUGCUAAAAUGAGCUUAAAUUCCAGAGAUGCCACUUCCACCAGUUGACAUGUGUUUCCAGAAAUGUUUCUUUUUGCAUAUUUACUUUUGUUCUUUACUUUUCUUUGCUUUCCUGUUCUGAUAUUUUCAGGGAACAAAUCCAGAGAUUCAUCUUAGUCUGAACUUCCUGGCCAAUGACAGCCAGCUUUUUCAGCUCACACAGAGUGGCCUACUGAUAGCCAAAUCCAACAAACUGCAGUCAACAGAAACGUAUCCCCUUCAGGUAAUCUACCAUCAAUAGGUGGACACAGAAUGUAUUUUUUUUUUCUCAAUUUGUCAACGAAUUUGCCUUUUAUUUUUUGCUGCCCAUCUCCACACCAUGAAUUGAGGUGUCUGCCCAGACCCCUACCGCUAAGGGUUCUAGUGCUAGCACAAUAAGGAGUGGGGAUAGUGAGCAUCCCUGUUGGGUUCCAUGUGAGAUUUUAAACUGGUCCAGAAGAAAGCCUGCAUUAAGCACUUGGCUGCGGGUUUUGGGUACAGUGCCCUGACCGCCAAAAGAAAGAUCCCCGGAGCACCAAUUUUGGCAGCACCGUUUCCAGAAACUUCCAGUUCAGACGGUCAAAGGCCUUCUCUGCAUCGAGCGAUAGGAAUAAACCUUUGCGAUUAGUGGUACGGAGGUCGUGUAAGAUGUUCAGCACUUUACACGUGUUAUCUGAGCCCUGUCUCCCUUUGAUGAAUCCAACUUGGUUGUUGGGAAUAAUUUCAGGCAAUAUGGGUCCCAGUCAAGUGGCAAAGAUUUUUGCAAAUAUUUUGGCAUCUAAGUUUAAGAGGGAAAUUGGCCUUAAAUUUUGGGGGCAGGUUGGCGACUUGUCUGGUUUUGGCAGUGUGACGACAUGUGCAAGUAAGAUUUCAGGUGGUAGUGAUUGGGAGGUUAUUGCAUUGUUAAAGAGCAGAGUCAAUUGUGGGGCUAGCUUGUCUUGAAAUUUUUUGUAGUAAGAAUUAGCAAAUUCGUCGGAAUCGGGUGAUUUACCUGCGGGUAGAGAUUUAAUGGUGAGCUUGACUUCAGCUACUGUUAUUGGUGCCGAUAGGUCUGUUUGUUGUUUUUGGGUUAGUUGUGGUAAUUGUAAAUUAUUUAAAUAGCUUAUGUCUUCCUGUGUAGGUUGAUGGGGCUUUUUGGGUCUUGGCUCAAAUGAUAUAAAUUUGAAUAGUAGGUAGAGAACUCAUUACUAAUGUCUUUUGGGGAUAUUAUUUUGUGGCAAUUCCGUGAUGUUAAGUAAGCGAUUGUUUGGGUAGCUUGUAUUUGUUUAAGUCUGUUGGCAAGUAAUAUCCCUGCGAGUAAUGUGUGGCCUUCAUCUUUCUUAAAUGGAAUCCUACUUGGUGUAGAGCUUGUUGGUGGAUGUUCUGUUUAAUUUGGGACUGUAAGUCCAGUGAUGGGUUUAGUUGGUGGCUUGUCGUUAGUUUGUACAGCUCUUUUUGCCAUUGUAGUAGCUGAUCUUUAUUUUUGUGUGUAGGUAAGACGCCCUUUUGAUGAGUACACCUCAAAUAACUGCCUUAUGGGCUAGCCAUAUUGGGUGGUUUGGUAGGUCUGAGAUCUAGUUAUCCGCAAAAUAUGUUUACAAAUCUGUAAUGAGUGACUUUGCAAAUUCACGGUCGUGUAGGAGGGACUCAUUGAGUCACCAUGGGUUGCGGUUUUUAUAGUCAUACAUGUCUUUCAGUGUCAUAGUAAUAGGUGUGUGGUCAGACCAUUAUUUGCCCUAUCAAGCAGUCCAGCACUUGGUUUAAGUCCGAGCCUCUCACCAGGAAUCUGUCAAUACUUGAGUAUGUAUUGUGGCCUGAAGAGAAAUAAGUAUAUUCUCUAUCGCCAGUGUGGGUUGUUCUCUAUAUGUCAUACAACUGGUGUGUCGAUAGACGUUUAACAAGGGCAUUGCAUUGUCUUUUUAAUGGGCGGUAUCUGGGGCUCUGAGGAGAUAGUGUAGUGUCUAGGCUGGGGUCUAACACAUGGUUAACAUCUUCGUAUAUUAUCAGAAUACCUUGUUGAACAGAGUUAAGUCUCUGGAGGACUUUAUAUAGGAAAUUGCAUUGCUGUGCAUUGAGUGCGUAAAUGUUGGCUAUGAUGUAGAGAACAUUGUUAAAUUUACCAAUGAUUAUUGAAAAUCUCCCUUCCCUAUCAAGCUCCUGUGACAACAGUUCAAAUGCAAUCUGCUUGCCAAUCAGUAUCAGCUAAGAUAGUCAAAUAAAUGUUAUAGGUUGUAUUAGACCUUAUUCUAAUCAAAAAUGUGAUUCAUAAAAGAUAUAAAAGGUUAUAUAAUAAAAAUACAAGCUCAGUAAAAGAUAAAAUUAAAACAAUAAUAAAGCAAUGCUAUUGUGAUUUAAUUUGAUCUUUUACUGACCUUGUACUUUUAUUAUUUAACCUUUUAUAUCUUCUAUGAAUUUAUUUUUUGAUUAGAAUAAAGUCUAAAACAACCUAUAACAUUUGACUAUCUUGGCUGUCAUUGCAUCUCAUUGUUUUAGCGUCCUCACUUUUAUAGUCACCGUCUACUAUUUGUUUAUUAUAGGCUUUUUGGAGUGUGCCUAUCGAGUGGCUGCUUUCUGUGUUGAGAUCCUUAUAUAUGGAUCUACCCCCCAUUAUAUGCCAAUCCGUAUCGACACCUCUGGGCUUGGUGGGGGAAGUGUAGUGGAAUUGGUGUGGAUAGGCAGUGGAGAGAAUUGUUGGGUGUGCACCAGUUUUGAAAUGGGUAUCUUGUAAGCAGACCACGUCUGCGUUUUGCAUUUUAAAGGUCUCUUCCUAGGUGGUGUCUCUGCACUGGAAUGUUUAACCCCUGUACAUUGUGGCUGUAUAUUUUCAUGGGGGUUCAAAGGGAAACAUAGUAAUAAACAAUAACCAGUACAAUGAAAUUACUAAAGGCAUCGCCCUUCCCAGCGGCUUUGCUUCGAGCCAAGCGAUAUCUCCUCUCAAGCCUUUCCCCACACCUCCCUCGGCCAACGUGCAUUUUCACGUCCUGUGAUAUACUCAUGCUAUGUCCUCUCCGGAACUUGGGCCCUUGCAAAAGUGGAUUUAAGAGUAGUUCGGUAAAGGUUCGGUAACUGGUAGGUUGAUUUGUUGCAUUACUUUAUAGGUCAUUACAAAAUAACAAGAAGAAAGGGGAAAAUAGCAUAACCAAAACAAGGAAACAUACUGAGCUAUUGUAUUUGACAUAGAAUGUAUCUAUAAAAUUAUAAAAUAAAAAAAAAUAAACCACUUUCCUUUACUUAUCUUCAUUAUAUGCUGUACAGGAAAAUUUUAUAGUUUUUGAUAUGUUUGUUAAUGAUUAUAUAUUUUGUGUUACUAUUUUGGCACUAUGUUUGUUCACAGGUUAUUGCAAGGGACAGAGAGUCUGGGGAAACCGCACAUUGUAUGGUGUAUGUAAAUGUCUUGGCUCGUGGUCAAGCAGGUAUGUAAUAAAAGGAAAGUGUAUCUUUACAGGCUUUAUGCCCUUCUAAAACAUUCUUCAUUACUCAUCUAAACAUUUAAUCAGGAUGUUCAGUCUACUAAAUUCUACCUCUUGGUGUGUGUCUCUGGGUAAAAUAAAAAGUGUCAUAAUUUAAACUUUAAAAUGUUCUUCCUUUUACAUUUAUUAAACAUACCAAUUUUACCACACUGUGACCAGGGCUGGAUUUUCAUCUCAGGUGCAAGUUUCACAGGUGCUUUAACAUCCUACUCACCUCCCAAAAAACUACAACUCUAUUGGCCAUGAGACUGUCAGCCACUAUAUGCUGCUCCUUGAAACCUUCAACAAUUCAGCAUGACACUACUGAAUGCAUACAAUACGUCUCUAUGAAAACAUGCAUCCAGCAAUAACCUCCAACUGAACAUUUUCCAGUGUGUUAGCUAUGUUAUCCCUAUUUCCAUAUUCUUAUAUGUCACUCACAUUAACACUGUAUUUUCCAAGCAUAAUUUAUCCAAAAAACCAUGCUAGAUACUGUGUGAAUAGUUACUAUUUUUAGUAGUAGGAUAAUUUGCCAGCCAUUAUCUUUGGUGAUAUGCAUCAUUAUAUUUUUAUGGUAUUAUCCACUUCAUGUGUUGUACUCUGUUUAACAUCUUAUACUUUUGUUCUUAGACAUCUAUAUGUUGUGGUUCUAAGAAUAGGGCUUCUCUAAACUUCAAAGUUGAAUAUAUAAAUGAUCAGUACACCUAUGUAAUUUUUAGAGUUAAACCCAUGAGUGGGUUACAGGUAAAAGGCAAACCCUUGCAAAUCACCAUUGCCAGAGAAAGCCUGACGAUAGAAACAGGGUCCAAAAGGAGUUUGUGGUAGCACAGUGAUUUUAUUAAAUAAUGCAAUAGAAGAAACAUCCAGGGAUAUCUUGUCAGUACAUCAGAGCUAGUGAGAGAUGCAGCAGGAUAUCUGCCAGGGGUCAAAUGUAGACAUAGGUAGGACAGAAAAUGGAAACUGAAAUAUAGAAAUGAUCCAAGGGAAGCAGGACUACUAGCAUCAGGGAUGCACAAUAACAAAACAAGAUGUUGUGUGGUUUUAUAAGUGGAGACUGACAUGUGCAUUGCCAGGAACGAACUACUCGAUUACCUAGUGCAGGGGUGCCCAAAAAGAAAAUCCCCAGAUGUUUUAAAAAAAACAGAAAUUUUUACUUACAGUAAAUUCUUUUUUUCUUAAUAUGGUGGCAGUACCUGUGGGUUGUGCCUCCUUAAUUGGGACAAGCAUCUACAAGAUAUGAGUUAAUUAAAAGUCUCUUCCCUUUAUCCCAUAAAGAGCUUCCCCCGGCAAACCCACCUUCAAAGCAAGAAAAACACACCACACAAGUCAAAUACAACAAGUAUUGUCUGUUGAUGUAAGAGACCACUGUAUUGUUGUCUGACUGUAUUCUUACAGGCCUCUUUUCUAUCCAAGAUCUGAAUCGGUGAAGAACUGCCUUCAAUUCUCUGUAAUUUGUUGACCUGUUUAUCUUCUGUGGACCAAGUACCUUGGCACAUUAACGAAUUUAGAUGAGCGCCCCAGCCUACGUUUGACACAUCUGUGGUGAUGGCCACCCAUUCUUUUGGUCUGAAGGUCAGACCUGCUGAAAGGAAACUUGAAGUUUUCCACCAGUUUAACUGAGCUUUCACCUAAAGAGAUAUCUGGAGAUACAAAUCUAAGUCAGUAUCCAACUGUGUUCCUGAAACACUUGUUUGUGAACCUUUUCCAACAGUAAACUUCUGGAACUUGCUAUAAGCAGCCAAUCGUCCAUGUAGGGAAUGAGCUUGACACCCUGCCCCCUUAGAUAAGCUGCUACUGGCCUAAGAACCUUUGUAUAUAUUCUUGGGGCUGAUGACAGACCGAAAUGGAGGACUUUAACUGGAAAUGUAAAAUCUCUUUUCCCCUUUUUAUGGCGAAUCUAAGGAAUCUUCUUGAGGUAACUGCCAUAGGGAUAUGAAGGUAAGCAUCCCUGAGAUCCUGCUUCACCAUUAAAUCUCCUUUCCGAAGUAAUAGUUUCCAUUCUGAAACUUUGGGUUUUUUUAAAUCUAGGAUCGACCGAAAGGAAUGGUCUGGUUUCGAGAUUAGGAAGAGUCUUGAGUAGACCCCUUGGAAUUCCUGGGUCACUUGAACCUUUUUCUUUUUUUCUUUUUUUUUAAUAGCAGAACCGUUUCGUCAAAUAGAGCUUCUGAUUUUCGGGAGGAUAGAUAAAGCGAAAUGAGGAAUUCUGGUUUGGGCAGGUUUGGAAAGUGCAAUCUGUACCCUCUUUUCACCAGAUUUAGAAUCCAUGGAUUGCUUGUAGUUUCUUCCCAUAUUUUGAAGAAAUGCUGGAUUCUGCCUCCUACUCUCUUGGUGUCAGAAACGCCUACCUUUGUCAGAUCUAUCCCCUUUUUUCUCCUCAAACCUCAGAUUUUUUCCUCUUUUCUAAAAAUAACAAGGCCUAUUCUGGUAGGUUCUUUUAUUCCUAUACUGGAAAUUUUUAUAACCAGGCUUCCAAUAAAAUUUCCUGUCUUGAGGAAAGGCUUUUUUCGUCUCAGACAUCUGUUUAAUGAUCUACUCUAAAGGAGACCCGAACAGCUUUUGUUUUUCCAAUGGGAGUUCACAGAGGACCGAUUUUGAGGCUGUAUCCGCCGUCCAGGCUCUAAGCCAAACGGCUCUACGGCAACUGAAGAUAAGCCCAUGAUUCUGGAAGCCAACUUGAGCACUUCAUUCGUCAUAUCCAUAAUAAAGGUAUUAGACAAUUUCACAUUUUAUAGCAACCUAACCAGUUGCUUGUCUGGAGAGUCCAACAUCAUCUCCUCUAAAGAUUGCAACCACAAGUUACUCUGGAUACUGCUGCCCCUGCCAGCAAAGCUUUACAUUGGAAACCAGCCGACAGGAAAGCACGCCUGCUAUCCAUAGGAUUCCUUAAAGCUACUGCUUCCCCUAUUGGAAUAGUGGUCUUUUUAGAAAGCUGAGCCACCUGGAUAUCCACUUUAGGCAAUUUGUCCCAUUUAACAUCAUCCGUAAUCUUGAACAAUUCUUUAAAAUUCCAGGAGAUAAAGGCUCGCUUUUCCAGGUUUUCCAUUCUCUGUAAAUAAGGUCAACCAGGGCCUGAGGUACAGGGAAACCUUUCUUACACUUAGCAGUAUCUUCCUGCAACAAACUCUGAUUCACUUCCUUUGUGAAUUUCCUAAGUUCAUCAGGUGGGAACCCAGACUCUACACAAGAUGAUAAACUAGAGUCAGCAGUAGACGAACAUUAGCCUGAAGAUGUCAGAAUUAGAAGAAGACCUUCUUUUUCCGGUUCUAAGGACCACCUAAGGCACGGCAGCAGAAACCUUAUGUGACUCUUUAAACGAAUUCAAAGUCUGAGCCAGGUUAUCCUGAAACCAGGACAGGAACGAUUGCAUAUCCUUUUGUUUGGAUUUUUCCAAAGACAUUGCUGCACAUUGAUUGCACACUUUAUUCCUAGUGCCAUCCGGUAGGGGGGUGGAACAAUUAUUGAAAACGAAAUGUUUGGCUUUGGAUGAGGCCUUCCUAGUUGCAGGAGUAGGCAUGUCUUUAUCCAUUUGCUGAGGGCUAGACAUAUCUGAAACAUAACAGAAAUAUACCUUUAAGACCCUAAACCGUGAAGGCGCCCCCUGACCCGCCCAUAAUUACAAAGCCGAAACAUAAAUACCUGAAAGGGCUCCAGGACCUCCAUGGACAGAGCCAUGCCGCUCAGCCUACCACCUGGGCAGCUAUCAGGCUUCUUCCCCUAGACAUCAACUUGUGUGCCUCACCUCAAAUAGAAGCUUGAUCUGUCCCGUGCUGGGAUAAGAAAGAACUGUGGUGGGUUUGCCGGGGGAAGCCCUUUAUGGGAUUAAGGGAAGGGAUUUUUUAUUAACUCCAAUCUUGUAGAUGCUUGUUCCAAUUAAGGAGGCACAACCCAUAGGUACUGCCAUGAUAUGCCAGAAAAAUACAGCUUCCAUAAGGCUUUUAACAUUCUAACUCAUUCUAAAGGGAUGCAAAGCAUCAUAAGAGUUAUAGUUCUACAUCAUCUGGGGAUCUACCUUUUGGGCACCACUGGCCUAGUGCAUGCUGCGUCACUUAGGGACGCAAGAGAUUUUAAAAUCAUAGCUGCGUGUACAUGUGGUGUCUUGACUGACAAGAGUCAAGACGCUACUGUCUGGCACCAGAUGUAAUGGAUGCAUUGUGAUAUGAGUAGAGCUAAUGCACUUCAAUCAAUGGUGAAGUUCUUACCAGGGAUUUCUUCGUUUUUUAAUAUAUCUCCUUCAGGCGGAUGUUUUACAGUGUUCAUUUAUGUUUCCCAGCUCCACGGGACCCAUCAGAGCCACGGCCUAUGUUUAAUCUGCCAGACCUACCUCUUGUGGCAGGUGGAUUGGGUGCUCUUGUGCUAUUGUUAGGAGUCCUGCUUUAUCUGUUUAUUCGACUACUGAAGAGUCAUCGACAGCAGCAGCAACAGAUGAGUCGGACAUCAUUAGUAACAGAGAAAGACACAAGCGUGGUAUGAAAAUACAUCUGCCUUAAUACUAAUCUGUUUUAUAAAGUUUGUAAUUACUAAAGUGCUAACAUCGAAUAAAAAAAAAAAUUGCAAUGCUCCGAGUACAGAAUCUAAACUGGAAAUAACUAGAUUACAUAAUACAGGGCUUGAGAAAUUUGUUUGAAAUCCAGGAGCCAGCUAAAAAAAAUUAGGAGCCAGAUUUUUAAACGUCAAAAAUACAAUUCUAAAAGAGACACUAUAGUCACCAGAACCACUACAGCUUAAUGUAGUUGUUCUGAAAUCUCUAUACUGUCCCUGCACGCUUUGAAAUGUAAACACUGACUUUUCAGACUAAAAUUUACAUUGUUGCCUGGUAACACCAUUAGUGACAGUCACUCAAACGGCCUCCAGAAGGGCUCCCCCGGUCAGUUCUGCACAGUGUACAGCACCUACAUUAAUGCCCCCCGUAGGGAUGUAUUGAUUCAAUGCAUCUCUAUGAGAAAAAGUUAAUUGCGCAGCAUGGCGUUUUUCUGUGCAUGCACAAUAGUCUCCCAAUGUUUUUCUAUGGGGAAGCAUUGGGUUGGCUCAGGUCAUCAUGAUUGAUGAUCUCACCCAUGCAAGUAGAGCCAGACAUGGCAUCACCAGCACAGCGUGGGAAAAGGGGCGAGUAAAAAUACCUUUCCAAUGUGGUUGGAGAGGGGCAGGUCACCUAAACACACACUCACUGACAAACAGACACACUGACUUGAUACUCACACACACAUUCACUGAUUUCACACACUCACACACACUGCAACACUCACACUGAUUCACAAAUCAUUACUUUUAUUAUUUUUAAAUCCACCCAGCCUCUCUACCUAUGGGAGAGCUAGAGUGGAUUAGCUUUCCCAGAAGUCCAGUGGGGCUGCUGUCACCUCCCUGCUCUGCUCCCUAGACCGCUGUUUAGUGAUGUGGGGCCGGAAUUACGUCAUAUUCCGACUCCCAGCAUCACUGGAGGGCGCACGAGGGAGCAGGGCUUAUGCACGUCUGAGCUGGCAGGCAAUCGGUCGGCUCAUUGCCAGCCUCAGCCCUGCGUAAGCCAACUUCCCACCUUCAAUCUCAGGCAGCCAGUCACCUCAGGCAUUGAACAGGCUCAUAAAUCCCAGGCACCAGGACAAAUCUUCUGGUCGCCAAGGCGACCUGGGAUUUGUCAGACCUUGACAUAACAGACAAAUAUUUAUCAGCUAUGCACUGGGCACGUUUAUGAUGGUUAUCUAGCGGCUGACGGCACCACUAACCUUAUUUAAAUUUUUUACCUUUACUGCUGCUGUGAAGAGCUUGAAAUGGUUCCAACCGGUAAGUUGUGAGAGAACAUUGGUUUGAUAUAAUAUUUAUUGUAUGUAGUAUUGUAUCUUAAAGGUGGACUUGACUUUGAAACGUACCACGAAAAUUAGAGGAAGCAUACGUUAAUGAAGCAGUUUUGUUGUAUAGAUUAUGCUUCAUCAGUCUCACUGCUCAUGUCUGUGCCAUUCAGAAGUUAGAUCACUUUGUUUUUGCAGCCCUAGCAACACCUUUUCUGGCUGUGAUUUAUGCAGCCUACUUGAAAAAGGUGUCAUUUCUACAGCAUAUUGAUUUGUUUUAGAUUGUAUCUCUUGCUCCUUUUAUUGAAUUUUAAUCACACAAAGGAGGCUACUACAGACUCUAGUAUGCAACAAACAUUCAAAAUUUAACACAAUGUGUGCAAUAAAAGAAGCUACAAAAAUUGCACUCUUUUUCAGGGAUUGUGUAUGGAUGGGAGUCUCAACUGGGGUGUGUGCUAUGGCUUAAAAAAUAAAGUGAAUAGACUUCCUCCCAUCACUUGUGAAACCGCAUUGGAUGAGAAAUCAGUAGCUGCAGCCCUGUAUCCUGCAUUAAAGGGUGAAAAAAAAUGCCAUGCGCUAAGGUUUAAAUCCAUAUUUAUAAAGGACGUUGUCAGUGGGUGGAGCCUAGCCGUCAAGCUGAGCAGACGUGUGGAUCAUGGGCUCCUGCAAAACAAGCAGAUUUCUGGGGUUUAACCCCGGCCACCUAGAGUCUUAACCCACCGAGAGGCAUCACUACCCUCAGGGGGCAUGCGCACAUUAGCCUGAUCCACUGCGCUGGCCUGCUGCAAUAGAGCCGGGGAGAUGCGGCCGAUCUUCCCGCUCAUCAGCAACCGAAUAGUCCUUACUCGCUCCUAACUCCUAUGUUUAUAGUGAUCUAUUCCUAUUCUUGUUUUACAUUUGAUCUUUACUUUAAAACCUAGCCCCAGCGGUCUUAUCCUACCUACUCGCCACCUCAAGACCACUAGUAAGGCAGGAUACUUAUAGUAACAUGGUUCCAGUGGCCAACGCUUAAGCCAGAUGCUCAUAUAGGCAAGUCUAAUCUCUUGCAGCGAGCUUCGUUAUCAUAUAGCCAGCAGCAUCUGUAGAAGUGUAGUCAGCGUGCUUAAAGGACCACUAUAGGCACCCAGACCACUUCAGCUUAAUGAAGUGGUCUGGGUGCCAGGUCCAGCUAGGGUUAACCCUUUUUUCUAUAAACAUAGCAGUUUUAGGGAAACUGCUAUGUUUAUAUUAGGGUUAAUCCAGCCUCUAGUGGCUGUCUCAUUGACAGCCGCUAGAGGCGCUUGCGUGCUUCUCACUGUGAUUUUCACAGUGAGAGCACGCCAGCGUCCAUAGGAAAGCAUUGUGAAUGCUUUCCUAUGAGACUAGCUGAAUGCGCGCGCGGCAGUGCAUUCAGCCGAGAAGGAGGAGAGCUCCCCGUCCGGCACUGGAGAAAGAGGUAAGUUUAACCCCUUCCUCACCCUAGAGCCCAGCGGGAGGGGGACCCUGAGGGUGGGGGCACCCUCAGGGGACUAUAGUGCCAGGAAAACGAGUACGUUUUCCUGGCACUAUAGUGGUCCUUUAACUACACAUUACUUAGCCUAGCUUGUUUGCAUAGCUAUACAGCUCACAUAAGUUCACUCACUGUUUAAAAAACAAAUGUGCAUGUCAUGUUUUCACUCCUCUGAUCAUCUCUCCUCGAAAUUUAUGCCUGGCUAACUUACUUAAAGGACCACUCUAGGCACCCAGACCACUUCAGCUUAAUGAAGUGGUCUGGGUGCCAGGUCCAGCUAGGAUUAACCCAUUCUUUUAUAAACAUAGCAGUUUCAGAGAAACUAUGUUUAUGAAUGGGUUAAGCCUUCCCCCAAAGCCUCUAGCGGCUGUCUCAUUGACAGCCGCUAGAGGCGCUUGCGUGCUUCUCGCUGUGAUUUUCACAGUGAGAGCACGCCAGCGUCCAUAGGAAAGCAUUGUGAAUGCUUUCCUAUGGACUGGCUGAAUGCGCGUGCAGCUCCUGCCACGCAUGCGCAUUCAGCCGAAGAGGAGGCGGAGAGAAGGAGGAGAGCUCCCCGCCCGGCGCAAGGAAGGGUGGGGUCAGACAAUAGCAAGGGCUGAUGGGAGAUUGAGGAGGGACAGGGCAGCUAGUUUAAACUGCUUUGGCAGUGUCCAUGGGACAACGCCCUGCUGGGGAAACAAUAGGACAGGAAAAAGGGGGGAUGGAGAGAUGCACAGACUAGCAAUGCAUUCAACAUACCCUGCAAAAAUAAUAAGCACAAUGUGACAAAACACAAAAGAGAUUUGGGAGCCCACCCAUAGUGUCUGUCUUUCAUCCCCAGUGAUGGUGACUACCGUCACAGCGGCCAUUGUGUGGACGGAGCUGAGCCAGCGCCGAGGGACAUCGGUGCUGGACCCAGGUAAGUGACAGAAGGGGCUAUUAACCUCUUCUGCACCACGGUGGAGAGGGCCUUGACAGAGGGGGAAGCUAUAGUGCCAGAAAAACAAGUUUAUUUUCCUGGCAGUACAGUUUCUCUUUAAGCCCACCAUGUCCUGUCUCAUGGAAUGGUUUGAAUGCAAUAGUUUACCUUCUGCAGCAGAUAGUACAAUGUUUAAGAAACAUUCCAAACACAUGCACUAAACGACAUUAACUUAAAGGGGCACUGUAAGCACCAAAACAACAUUAGCAUUAGAUUAACAUUAGAUAAUACACCAACAGUUUGCAUAGUGAGGGGCAGCCACCAGGCGACCGUCUCUAAUGCUGGUGUACUGGCAGGGCCGGAUUAACAUAGCAGCAUGCUAAUUUAGCUCCAACUCAGCAUCCCAUGCCCAAAUUUGACUCUUUCUCCUAUAUUACUCCUGGAUAGUGCUGAGAAGAAGUGAUACCCCAUAUCAUUUUCUCCCAGCACUCUAUGAAAACUGCACAAGAGGGAAAUCCUGCACUAGCCACACAGCUGAAUCUCUUUUGGACUCAAGGAAAGCCAUCAUUGGCGAGGGACCUGCAAUCUGUCAGGGCCAUGGAUCUGGUUUAUGGAGGGUCACAUUAGUGGACUUGCCUCCAGGCACCUUGUGACCUAACUAGACCUCUGAAUUAAGGAGUUAGUUCCUGUUUGUGCAGCUCUAGCCACACCUCUGCUAACUGUGACUCACAAUCUCUGUGGGGGGUGGGAAUGGUUUAAUUUUAAGUAGUAUAUUACAGCAUACUGUGUUUACUUUAAACGUUAUUUUUUCCUGCUCUGUUAAUCAGACUUUAAUUAUACACAGGAGGCUAUUAACAGAGCAGGAGAUAAGAAUUUCUAAAUUAAACACACUGUGCAAUAAGGGAAGCUAAAAAAAAAUGUAGACUCCUUAUUAAGGAAGCGUGUAGGGAGGCUGUAUGAGGAUCUUCCAGGGGAGGUAUGGCUAGGGCUGUGUAAACAAAGUGAUUUAUCUCUCUUUUGAGUUUAGUCCAACUGAUUUAAACAACUGGGAAGUAACAGUACUAAUUGUCUGACAGCUGGAGGGGUGGGGACACACUGUAGGCACCCAGACCACUUCUGCCCAUUGGAGUGGUCUGGGUGCCAACUCCCACUACCCUUAACCCUGCAAGUUUAAUUAUUGCAGUUUUUUAUAAACUGCAAUAAUUACCUUGCAGGGUUAACUCCUCCUCUACUAGAGGGCACUUCCGUGUCUAUAGCACAGGUCGCUCAAUUCCCCAUAGGAAAAGCAUUGAAAGCAUUUUCAUUGCUUUCCUAUGGAGAGCUCUAAUGCGCGUGCGCGGCAUUGCCGCACAUGUGCAUUAGGUCUCCUCAGCCGGCGGGCGGGAUCAGUCUCGCCCACCGGCUGACGUAAGGAAGAGGAGGAGCGGCGGCGAGGUCUCAGGUAAAUGACUGAAGGGGUUUUCACCCCUUCAGCAACUUGGGGCGGGGGGUGGGAGGGAGAGGGUACCUGCAGUGCCAGGAAAAUGGAUUGUUUUCCUGGCACUGGAGUGUCCCUUUAACCAUUGCUGCAUCCAUACCAACUUGCCACUGUACCUUCAUCCAUAUCAUUAAUCUUGUGAUUUCACGGUCAUUUUAGACAGUUCUACAUUCAAAGUCAAUACUCUAUUUCCUCACAAUUAGGGUAAUCAAUGUGUGAAUAUUUGGAUUAUCAGUAUAUGAGUAAUAUCUUUUAAUAGAGAUUUUUAUAACUCAAAUUUAAAAGCAAUGUGUUUUUUUGUUUUUUGUUUUUUAGGUGACUUCUAGCAAAGCUGCUUCACAGACAGAAGAACAGGGUUACCAAAAUGCUGCUUAUAGUGAGACUCCUGGAGAAGAAAGUACUCACCAAGAGAAGGGCCAGGGACCCCCAAAGAGUGGACAGAGCAAGGAGAGUAGUAAGACUGAUGCACCUCCAGGGAAACAGAAGAGGGCACCAGCUGUAGCAGUGAUAUCUCCAGGCAACCAGUGUAGUGGAAGUUCUCCAUGCAUAAAUAGGGAAAAGGCAGGUAUGUGUCUUAAAAUGACAACGGGGAUGGAAUCAUGAUUUGCAGCUACAACUUCUGUCCACAUAUUGUGGACUGUAAUUGAUGUUAUUUAAAGGUGGGCUUCACCUUCAAGCUGAGGUUAUGAUGUGAUUUACUGUGAUGAGAUCUCCAAGUGCCCAUAAAAACACAAUUUUAAUGGCACUGCUAUUGUUGUCCCUAGCCUCAGUAUAAUUAUUUAGGGUUAAGGCAUUAUCCACAUUAUUAAGGGGGCACACCUACACCAGAGAUGUUAUGGACUGUAACAAUAACUCUAGUUCAGGAUGACCGUUUUAUGGUCUCCAGUAGCACCAUAUGUAAUGGCAUGUUAGGGUGAUCUUGAUGUACACAGUACGUACAUUACGUGCUAUUAUGGCUACCAUUAUCGCUACUAUGCCUUUACUGCCCUGAGUGGGGCUCUUUAGCUGUGUCACUCCCCUUUGUGGUAAGACUUUACACUGCAUCAUUGUUACACUCCUUACUGAUCCACCCCAGCGCAUGUUAUCCACAAGGGCUAGGGGGCACCUUCCAAGUGUCCUUAUUUAGGAGGCACAGUCCAUCUCCCUUUUUCCUCUUUUCUAUAAGCGUCAUAUUGUUACUGUAUCUGAAUGUAUAACGGCGCUCCACAUCAAAUAUGCCCAAAGUAAUCUUUACAAAGUAAUCUAUAAGAUACUCACAAUAACGAAUAUAUGAGUAUCCACUGGAAAUCAAAUAACCAAACUAAUAAAUGUAAAUAAAUACUAUGAAAGAUAAUAGAUGGAAAUACAUACAAUGGGAGAAUACAAUAGAAAGAAUACUAGCAAAAGAUCAGACGGAAAAAGAAAUAAAUGCCUAAUGGCUUACCUCCCUUCUUAAUGUCUCUAAAAAUAAUCACUAAAGUUCACAGACUUAGACUUUAAUAUAAUCCUCAAUAGGUCAAUGUCUGUGACUACAGUCUUCUAUCAAUAAAAAUAAUAAGAGACAUUAGGGACUUGCUAAUACCCAGUGGGAUUCAAGAAUGCUCAGAAUAUAAGCAUACUGAUAAAUUAAACUACUACUUUGUGAUAUAAGGAUAUAGAUAACCUUAGUAGGAAAGAAAACCAACUAUCAUGGAUAAAUAGUAGUAUCACGCAUCGUGUUUUGAGGGUUUUUUUUGUGAGUAUCUUAUAGAUUCCUUUAUUAGGGGUUAUGCCCCAGGACACUUCUGGAGUGUCUUAUAAGGUGUGAUUCUACAGGCUGAGUGGAUUAGUCUGUUUCUAGACAGCCACCACUUGUAGAUGUUUUUUCCUCUUGUAUAGUAUCUUUACAAAGUAGUCUUUAAACUACAGUAAAUGUUCUUUUUUCGAAAUGACAUUAGUUGCAUAAAUUUGUACUAGUAUGUCACCUAAAUUUUCUCAGAACUAUCCUAAACUUUGGAAACACCCCUAUAAUAAAAGUGUCAAUUUUUAUUAAUUUGAAAUGUUGGUAAGUAUACAUUAAUCCAGCACUCUUAGAAAUAAAGCGAUAUUGUGGAGUGUGCGGAUUAUCCCCAUUGCUCCCGUAUAAAUGCAGCUCCAAUGAUGAUUGAAAUGUUCACACUGCUAUUUGGAUAGUGAUUUUAAAAGCAUUCAAGUUUUGUUGUCACACUAUGGAGGGAGAUGAUCCAUGCUUCUUUUUGCCCUAUAAAUCCUGCAUUUCUUUUUUGCAGCCGAGCCUCUGAAUACCAAGCAAAGUAUUCAGGAAGUAGACAUAUCCACAGAAGCCAAUUCCAAAAAAAUAGGGAUCACCCAGGCCUUGGUGAUUAAAGAAGGAGUGGACAGUCAUCCAAUGAAAAUGAAACCAGAACCAGUGGAGAAUAACAGCCUCGCAGCUGUCACUGAACAAAAUCCAUAUUCUGAGCCAAAUGGAGAACCCGUAGACAGAGAGGAUAGUGUGGCUGCAUGGCCAGAUCCCCCUAUUCUCUCCAGGCUGCCCAUUGUGGUAGAGGUGAACGAGGAGGUAGUAGAAAUUGACGCUGAGCUAAAUGACCAGCAGCAACCAUUAGGCAGUGAGACUAUAACACCAAGCUCACUCAUGCAGCUACUUGAUGAUUCUAUUGAAUGCUAGUCACUUCAAGACUUUGGUGUGAUGCAUCUGAUGGAGUUGUGGGUCUUUCUGUUCAGCUAUUCUGUGCAAUUCUAUGGACACGAUGAUACUGGCACAGUGAGCAUGGUCCAGAACGUACUGAAGACAAAAAUAGGUGGUGCGAACAACAUAUUGUUAACAAUAAACAAUGGCUUAUUUGGGUUAUAUUCAAAGAUUUGAGGAGAUUACAGUCUGUUAAUAGUGAGUGAGUGAGUGUGUGUGUUUUAUUUUUGCAAAAAAGAAAAUAAUAAAUAAUCUAUAAUAUUGUGAGAAAUUGAAAAAUACUUAAAGGCCCAAUAUAGGCACCCAGACCACUUCAGCUCAAUGAAGUGGUCUGGGUGCCAGGUCCCUCAGGUUUUAACCCUUCAGAUGUAAACAUAGCAGUAUCAGAGAGUAUCUUCCUGACAGCCGCUAGAGGCGCUUAAACUAAUGAUUGUGGUCCUACAUUGGUCAGCUGCAAAGAGACGUCCAGCUUCGCCUAUUGGAGAAGGCCAGAUGUAGUGGAGGCUGCCUACAACUGUAACCACAAUCUGGUAUAGAGCCCAAACACACACUUGCAACAUUACAGAAGUAAUGUAAUAUUACAGGGUUCAAGUAACACAUACACAUUCAUAACCACCUAUACAAAAUAAAUAAAAUUAUCAUUAGCUGUGUGAAACUGUCAAACUAUAUUUUUAAAAGGCAAAUACAAAUGCACUAUUCGUUUGUGCAGCAAAAAUUAAAAGACCACUACAGUGCCAGGAAAACACACUUUUUCCUGGCACUAUUGUGCCCUGAGGGUGCCUCCACCCUCAGGGUCCCACUCCCGUGGCGCUGAAGGGGGAGGAAGGGGUUAAUCCCUUAUCUCUUUUACAGGGCCGGGCUCCCUCGGCGCUGGGACUCUCCUCGCUCUUCUUCCGCGCGCACGCAGCCAGUCCAUAGGAAAGCAAUAGGAUUAACCCUAUUGUAAACAUUUCUCUGAAACUGCAAUGUUUACAGCAGAAAGGGUUAAACCUAGCUGGACCUGGCACCUAGACCACUUCAUUAAGCUGAAGUGGUCUGGGUGCCUAAAGUGGUCCUUUAAGAUUUGUGCCACUUUGGUUUACUCAAACCAGUCCACUUUCCACCCCAUGUUAUUAAUUUAUUUCAUUUAAAAAAAAUUAAAAACAGCAUUUGUUUGUGCUUAAGAGAUAUGGUGCGUUAUAUUUGGUCAACCUCCAACCACUUUGCAACCAUGUAAUUAAAAUUU